GGGGGGGGGAUGGAGCUCUCUAUAAGGAGGGGGGUGUAAUACGGGGUAUGUGAGAUAUUGGGGAGUCAGAGCCAGGGGCCACACCUCCCGCUCCCUGGGGCCCCUGUGACCCCCACUCUCUCACCUCUGGCGAACUUCCGGUGCUGAGAGCGCGCCGGGUGAUGACGUCAUUGCAAGCGCCGCCCCGGUUACCAUAACAACGGAAAGCUUCUACCGAGUGUCAACAGCUAAUCCCGAGACAUGGUGAGUAACAACCGACCUACCGCGUGCCCACCUACCUACCGUGUACCUACCUACCGCGUGCCCACCUACCUACCGUGUACCUACCUACCGCGUGCCCACCUACCUACCGUGUACCUACCGCCUACCGCGUGCCCACCUACCUACCCUGUACCUACUGUCAGACACCUACCGCCUACUGUGUGCCCACCUACCUACCCUGUACCUACCUACCGCGUACCUACUGUCAGACAGUCCCCCUGCUGGUGGGUAGUCUAAAAAAGAAAAAUCAUUAAACAUGUUUAAAAUAAAAUAGAAAUUUUAUAUAUAUUUUAUGUAUAUCUAUUAUGUGUGUGUGUAUUAUAGAUAUGUAACGUCAUACAAAGUGUAUUUUAAUAUAAGUACAUAUUAGUAAUAAAAUACACUUAGAAUUACGUUUUAUAUAUACACACACACACACACAUUAUAUAUAAAUACGUAUAAUUACAAUAUUAAAUAAAAUAUUGAAACAAAAUUUAAUAUAAAUUAUAUACUCAUAUGUAACUUCAUUCUAACUGUAUUUUGUUAUAAACAAAAUACACUUAGAAUGACAUUCUAUAUAUAUCUAUCUAUAUAUAAAAUACAAAUAACCGCAAAUAUAUAUAGAUAAAUACAUAUAAUUACAUUAGUAUACCCGUAGAAUUGAAAUACCUAUAAAUUCAUAUAUAUUAAAAUUCUACGUGUAUAUUUAAGUAAUCUUUUACCAUAAUGAUGUGAUUUGAUUGACAUGCCUGACAACACAGAGAGAAAGUGCAGAGAAUUUAAUUCGCAAGCACUAUAUUUGACCCUGUAACUCUCCAAGACACCAUAAAACCUGUACAUAGGGGGUACUGUUUUACUCAGGAGACUUCGCUGAACUCAAAGUGGUAAAUUGUAUUACAACGAUGAUAUUUUAAGUAAAAGUGAAGUUUUUUGCAAUUUUUUUUUUUUUUACAAGCAAACAGCACUUUUAUGGACUAUAUUAUUGUUGUAAUAUGUUUUACUGUUUUAAAACACUAAUAUUUGUGUUUAGUGAAGUCUCCCGAGACCAACAGUACCCCCCAUGUACAGGUUUUAUGGUGUUUUGGAAAGUUAGAGAGUCACAUAUAAGGCUUGCAUUUCAUUUUUUUGACAUUGAAAUUCGCCAGAUUGGUUUUGUUGCAUUUGAGAGCGUAUGGUAGCCCAGGAAUGAGAAUUACCCCUGUGGCAAACAUAGCCACUUGGACACUAUAAAGAGACUGUGCCUUUAAGGGUUGCCUAUAUGGUUGUGGGAUAUGGGCUUAACUAUGUAAAAUGUAUGCGGGUUGUAAUUUACAUGUAUUUGCUGUAUUGGCUAUCUGCCGAUUGCAGAUAGCUGUUUGUAUUGGAUUUUCUUUCGUUUCACGAACGGCACUUUUGCGGGCCGUUCGUGAACCAAAAAUACCCCCAUGUAUUAGCCCACACACUUAGAGGCGUGUGGCACUUGUUAACCGAUUGCAACAAUGUUGCAAUCGGUAAUUAGAGGCUCUCCUAGGUGGCCGCCGUUCGACUACCGACCAUGCGGCGGUCGGCCAUCUUGGAUCCUUUGUUCCCUCAGCGGUGUUAGGUCAUCGAGCGCAUGGUACUAAACACGGCUACUCGUCGGCACGAACACCGCUGAGCCUCCAGGCCGUUUGGGAGUUCGGGGCCGUUCGGUACUUUGUUCCCUGGAAGGCAAUCGGUCAUUUUAAUAUGUUUUUCAACUAAUGUGUUUUUCGUGCGGCGUUCGGUUGUUUUAGCUGGGAUCUGAGCGGUAAUCUCACGAAUGAGGCGCUCAGACCCCAGCUAUCUACCGAAUGUCCAUUCGUGCAAAUAGACCGUAUAUUACCACAGUUAUGCAUUUUAAUAUAAAUUGUCGGUUCUGCUGCACGGAGGGAUAAUCCACUUAACGGUACAUUCCUGUGGGAGGAUCCCUCUCGUGCAGCAGUGCCUGAUGGGAGAAAUGUCUUGUACAGUAAGUUCCCCAUGUAGUCCACUCUGGGAAUGCCCCUGGGAGGGAACUCAGGAAACCCCUUGCAUGGAGACUUGUAUAAAUUGUGGAGCUGAAAAUAAAGACCUCAGUUGACUCUCAGAACUGUGUUUCGUCCGGUUACUGGGAGGUUUGGGAUAUUGCCUUGCUUUUUCCAGCGCUUGACUGUGGAUUCCUUCCUGAACCAGCGGAAUUCGUGGAUUUAAUAUUGGCGUUCCGCUACAACCCCCAUGAUGGCAUACCAUUUGCAAAUGUAGACAACCAAAGGUAUUGCAAGUGGGGUAUGUCCAGUCUUUCUUAGUAGCCACUUAGUCACAAACACUGGCCAAAUAUUAGUUUUUUGCUUUUUUCACACAAAAACAAAUAUGAACGCUAACUUUGGCCAGUGUUUGUGGCUACUAAAAAAGACUUAACAUACCCCACUUUCAAUACCUUGGGUUGUCUCCUUUUUCAAAUCGUAUGCCAUUAUGGGGGUAAUUCUCAUUCGUGGGCUACCACACCGUCUCAAAGGUAACAUUACUAAUCUGGCAAAUUUCAAUUUGAAAGUGGAACGUUCUAUAUUUGACCCUGUAACUUUCCAAAACCCCAUAAAACCUGUUAAUGGGGGGUACUGUUGUACUCGUGAGACAUCGCUGAUAACAAAUAUGUGCAUUUUUUUUCAGUAAAACCUAACAGUAUUAUGACAUUCACAGCUAAAAUGUCAGACGGAAAUACAAAUUUAAACAAAUCUUAUUUUCUCACUUUUUUUGAAAUUUUUAUUCAUAAUAAAUUAUGUUCCAUAUAUGAAUAGUUAAUGAUAAAUUAAAGCCCUGUUUCUCCUGAACAAAAUGAUAUAUAAUAAGUGUGGGUGCACUUAAUGUGACAGCGGUGAAUUACGGUUGAACAGACACUUAGCGCAAAUUCCAGUUUUUGUUUUUGUUUUAAUCAGAACGUGCACUAUUGACUCCGUCCUGAAGGGCGUUAAACCCCUGAACCUAUUCAAGUGAAUUUUGGAUAUGUUUGUCCCCAAGUUAUACUGGUUAAAGGAACACUAUAGUCACCUAAAUUACUUUAGCUAAAUAAAGCAGUUUUAGUGUAUAGAUCAUUCCCCUGCAAUUUCACUGCUCAAUUCACUGUCAUUUAGGGGUUAAAUCACUUUGUUUCUGUUUAUGCAGCCCUAGCCACACCUCCCCUGGCUAUGAUUGAUAGAGCCUGCAUGAAAAAAAAAAAUGGUUUCACUUUCAAACAGAUGUAAUUUACCUUAAAUAAUUGUAUCUCAAUCUCUAAAUAGAACUUUAAUCACAUGCAGGAGGCUCUUGCAGGGUCUAGCAAGCUAUUAACAUAGCAGGGGAUAAGAAAAUCUUAAUUAAACAGAACGUGCAAUAAAGAAAGCCUAAAUAGGGCUCUUUUUACAGGAAGUGUUUAUGGAAGGCUGAGUCACAUGCAGGGAGGUGUGACUAGGGUUCAUAAAGAAAGGGAUUUAACUCCUAAAUGGCAGAGGAUUGAGCAGUGAGGCUGCAGGGGCAUGUUCUAUGCACCAAAAUGGCUUCAUUAAGCUAAAGUUCAGGUGACUAUAGUGUCCCUUUAAAAUAAUAUAAGUUUUAUGUAUGUACGAUGUAAACUCACAAAGUUAUAAAAAGUGUAACUUUUCAGCUUGGAGAUAAUUGAGUGGAUACAGUAAUUGACUCAAUUAUCUCCUAAGCAGAGGGGAGGAAUAUUAUGGGUGUGUUUCUAUUGUCCCAUUGUGUCUGAUUGGCUGCUGUACUUGCAUUGUAUGUGUUGUAAUGUGUUUAUUGGUUGUUCUGAAAAACCCUGUGGGUGGUACUAUGUGUGGAAAACCUGCAUGAAAGAAGGCCCUUUGGUGCCAAGUAAUAAAGUUCAUCUUCACCCUCAAUCUAGAGUCUUGUCUCUUAUUGGGGGUAACUGGCUAUAUCACUACAAGGGAUUGCUAUGCUCUGCAUGCUCCCUUGGAUAAUCACUUCUAAGCUCUUGUAAGAGCGUGUUCCUGCUUCCCUCUCUUGGAAGAGAGGUUCACCCACUGGAACCUGGAGCCUUGUCCGAGGUCCAGGGUGGGAAAGAGACCCCAACCAAGCUGCGGUGGUUAUGGUGUCUGCUGGAGAGCUUGGAGCCCUCAGGAAGCGCUAGGAGCAUCCUUCAACGGAGGUACCCAGUCAGGAUGCCAGGUGAUCUGUUACAGUACCAAACGACUACCUACCACCUACCUACCGGGUACCUACCCCCUGCACCCAGGCCGCACCGCGCUCCGAACCCCCUGCACCCAGGCCGCACCGCUCUCCGCACCCCCCUGAACCCAGCCCGGAACACGCUGCGCUCUCCUUGCACCGCGCUCUGCAACUCCUGCACCCAGCCCGCACCGUGCUCCACACCCCGUGCCCUCAGGCCGCGUUCCUCCCCCAGGCCACACCACGCUCCGCCCCCAGGCAGCACCGCGCUCUGCACCCAGGCCGCUCCGCGCUCCAUAUGCUCUGCACCCAGGUCGCACCGUGCUCUGAACCCCUUGCACCCAGCAUGCACCCCCUUCACAGCACCUAGCCAGAACGCAGGCCGCACCACGCUCUGCACCCCCUGCACCCACACGGGUUCGGAGACGUGAGGCCGAAUUAGUUCCAAACAUUUGACAACCAAGUACCGCUGCCUGCGUUCUGGAGACAAAAUUGCCGCCACCCAGGGAAAGCACUCAAGUGAAGGUGUCAAGUUGUUAAUUUGUAGUUAACAGCCAGGGGAGGUUGAUGUUUGUAACGGAUCACCUGCCACCCCGACUGGGUACCUCAGUUGAAGGAUGCUCCUAGCGCUUCCUGAGGAUUCCAAGCACUGCAGCAGACACCACAACCACCGGACCGGAAAAGCAUACGAAUGCUCUCAAGCAUAUGAAUGCUGUAAGCAGCUGAACAAGAAAAGCAUACAAUCAGCUUACACUCCUGGCAAUCGGCAUACAAUCCAAUUCCCCCAAUAACGAGACGACACUUAAUUUUGAGGUCAAGCAGAACUGACUGUACUGGCACAUAAAGCCUCUUUUAUUCACAAUCCACAAACAUAGUACUGCCCACAGGGUUUUGAAAUACAACCAAUCAAUCCGUACAAUACACACAAACACUCCCACACAAAAUCCUCCCCUCUGCCUGUGAUAUGAUUACUGAACACAAUGGUUAAUUUAAUUAUCAAUACAGUAUUAUAAAACAAAUCACAGGGACCCCAAAACAUGCAAUAACCCCAUAUAUCCUCGGAACCGGGGGAUCUGGGUGAACCACGUAUCCAAAAUUCACCCAGAUCCGUUCAGUAGUUUGGAAGAUACAGUUUAAUGCAGAUUCCGCAGAACAUAUACAGGCUAUAUGAAAAAUAAUUACUGUAUAAUGUGUCCCCUGUUGUAUAGUUUAAAACUACUGCACGAUGUCUUUGUGCACCAAAUACCGGCGAGAUUGCACCGUGUAGAAAAGUCCAAACAGUGUCUGUGAGUUAAAAUGGCCGUCAUCCAUUGUUCUCACCAUGUGCUUCAUCCAUUGUUCUUACCAUGUGCCUCUGAUACAUGAAAUGGUGGUCACCCAGUAACUCCACAGUUUGUCUGGUAGUCUAUCCAGCCGGACCAACAGAUGAAACACAUGGGGAACAGUGCAACAAACGAAGGGAAUCCUAAAAAAUAUGGACAAUAGUCAUAUUUGUGCACAACCUCCAGUUUUGUUACAGGGCACAAAUAGUGUUUUCAAAUGCCAUGUAACCCAGGCCCAUAGUCAGAAGGUAGGAGGCGGGCAAGCAGCCCCCUCCAAGAACACGUGGCGAGGUCUGUUCCGCCACAAUGUUCGCUGGGGCAAAACAAGGGGACCACACACCAGUCAUUUGGGAGACAAACAAGGGGGUACGGACAACUGAAAACAUGGGAAUGCAGUCUUCUGCACUAGGUACCUCCUGUACCCAGCCCGUACUGUACUUGGUACCCCCUGCACCAAGCCCUAACCAUGCUUGGUGUGACAGACCGCCUGGCACUCCGACUGGGUGCCUCCGCCCAUUGAUGCUCCUAGUGCUCACAGAGUACUCCAAGCACUCAACCAGACACCAUUAGCACUGUAGUCCCCACUUCCAGUGUUACAGCUUGGUUGGGUUCUCGCUGUCUUCCACCCCCCCUGGACCCAAGACCAGGAUCCAGCUUUCAGUGGGUAGACAUCUCCUCCAAGAGAGUGUAGCAAUAUGCUCUUAAAAGAGCAAGUGAUUAUAAUCCCAGGGUAGAUACAGCCGUUCCAAGGAACUCGUUUAAUGGGAGCCACAACUGGCCUUUUAUGCAAGUCCCCAUGCAAGGGGCGCUCCCACCUGGACCUGAGAGUAAACCACAGUAGAAACAAAUACAUUACAUUGGCUCUCAGAUAUAGGACACUCCCACACAUAAUAGAUUAAUCCCUCCUCUGUAACCGGGAGAUAAUUGAGAGGAGCACUGAACUAAACUCCAUUAUCUCCAGACACAAAACACGCAUUUUUAUAAAACCCCCAAAAUAACUUAAACCACACAAAACCCCCACAAAAGUUACAUCCCCUGAUAAGCCUGAUCUGGGUGACCAACAUAUCCAAAAAUCACCCAGAUCCCUUCAAGGGUUCAGGAAUUUCUUGGAAGUCAUUUAUUUGACCGACCGCACGCAUGGUCCCAUGCCCAUAACCGUUCCAGAGAAUCAGGGCUUGCGGUCGGUAGUUGAAAAAGUGAUCAAACGAACACUUAGAACACUGCGGUGGAAAUGUUACAAAGUAUCAAUUAGGCUUAACAAGCUCCAGGGUGAUCUCCGGUUUGUGCGGUUGUUCGGUAACCGAACCAUAUAAUCCUAAUUGCACAAACAGUCUUUUUAAAGUAUUUUAGCCAUGUGUAUUGCAGGGGCCAUAGUCCUAGGGCAGGAGGCUGGCAAGCAGGUUCCCACAAAAGCCUGUGGCAGGGUUUCUGUUUGCCACACUCGGUACCCCCUGCACCCAGCCCGUACCGUGCUUGGUACCCCCUGUACCCAACCCACACCAUGCUCUGCACCCCUUGUACUCAGCCUGUACGGUAUUAGGUCACUCCUGCACCCAGCCAGUACCAUACUCCCUGCACCCAGCCCGUACCACUGUUGGUAAAUAGCUUUCAUGUUCUUGACCUGGAAGAGGUGCAGUUAACCAGAAUUAAUUUUUUGUGACCAUUAUUUUUUGAGUCUCAUUGAGUAAUAAUCAGCGAUCCAGUAAGUAGUUACAGAGCUAAUGGGAUGAAUAAGUGCUAGGGUUGCAACAGUAAAAAUAGGCAUGUGUCUGGGAAAAAUUUUCGGUUCGCUUCGGCAUUCCGAACUUCUGCAACUUUGGAACGUCUCUUGAAGCCGCUUGGUAGAUAACUCCAUAAUUCCCACGGUAUUAGGGAGUUAUCUACCAAAAGGCUGAAAAACCUAAAUUGGUUGGUUUGAAAUCCACCAAUCAGAGUGCUCUGUCAUUUUACACAGCGUGGGAAAGUUCUUUGGAAUUUUCCCACGCUGUGUAAUUUGCCUCAUAACACUCUGGUUACUUAAUCCACCAAGCAGAGUGCUCUGUGUCAUUUUACACAGCGUGGGAAAAUUCCAAAGAACUUUCCCACGCUGUGUAAAAUGACAGAGCACUCUGAUUGGUGGAUUUUCACUUACCUGUCAGUCUCUUCAUUUACCUGUCAGAGCACUCUGAUUAGAUGGCUUAAACCCACCAAUCAGAGUGCUCUGAGCCUAAUUGCAGGGCGGGGCAAGGCUUUAUAAGCCUUCCCCGCCCUGCAGAGCUCAGUCUGGAGCCCUCCAUGGGUGAAGAUGGAUUUAUUUUUAUUUUUUAUUUUUUUUGCGCUCGUUUGUUUUUUUUUGUUUUUUAAUUGUGUCGGUUUAUAUGGCUUUUUAUUUGGCCUUUUUUGGGUGCUGAAAAAGAUUUUAGAAGAAAGAAAACAUCAAAUGGUAAGUUUUAUUUUAAUUUUUUUCCCCAGGUACUUAGUUAAAUGGUUCCCCCUCAUUAUUUUUAGGGUGAGGUGGGUAGGUAGGGGUUUGGGGACCCCUAGUCACCCAGAGGAGGCGGGGGUUAUUUUUCUUAUUUAGGGCCCCACCCACCGCUCAGGGGUGGGGGCCAAGGGGGAGGACAUUAGGUCCCCCCCUUAUUAGUAUUUUAGGGCCCCCACCCACCACUCAGGGGUGGGGGCCAGGGGGGAGGACAUUAGGUUCUUCCCCCUCAUUCUAAUUUUGGGCCCCCACCCACCACUCGGGGGGAGGACAUUAGGUCCCCCACCUAAUUAGUAUUUUAGGGCCAGGGGAGAGGCCCCCCCCCCAAUUAGUAUUUAAGGCCCCAAUCCACUGCUCAGAGGUGGGGGCCAGGGGGUCCCUCCCUAAUUAGUGGGGGCCAGGGGGCAGGACAUUAGCUUCCCCCCCAAUUAGUAUUUUAGGGCCCCCACCCGCCGCUCAGAGGGGAGGACAUUAGGUCCUCCCCAAUUAGUAUUUAGGGCCCCCACCCGCCGCUCAGGGGGGAGGACAUUAGGUCCUCCCCAAUUAGUAUUUAGGGCUCCCACCUGCCGCUCAUGGGUGGGGGCCGGGGGGAGGACAAUAGGUUCCCCACCCCUUAUUUUACUUUAGGGCCCCCACAUGCUGUUCAAGGGUGGGGGCCGGGGGGCAAUAGGUCCCCCCUCAGGUUAGCACGGUUUACUAGACACCGCGAGUAGGGGCAUAAUUUACUAAUACUAAGUAAUGUUUACUUAGUAUUAGUAAAUGUGGCUGAAAGACCAAUUUAGGUCUUUGAGACUUUUAGUAGAUAGCUCCCUAAUACCGUGGGAAUUAGGGAGUUAUCUACUUAUUCAUUCCUGUCAUUACAUUGACUGGCUAAGUAAUUUACAUUUUAUAUGAAUGUGUGUUACUUGAUUGUAAGUGUUGCAAAUGCUUACAGCUGAAUCCUGGCUAUGUUUGUAUCCUUUUUUUAUUUAAAAUUGAAUACAGUGUAACAUUCUUCUUCCACUGGUUAAGUACUUAGGCAAUACUGUACUUCGGAAAUUCGGCUAUUCGGACAUUCGGAAGUACCCGAAUAUGCGAAUUGCCCGAACUUCGUCCGAAUUCAUAUUCGGCCCGAAACGAAUUGCAGAUGUCUAAGUAAAACCAAUGUACGAGGAAAUGCCUUGAAAUCGGGGUCAUAGUGAAGAUGGAGCCCAAAUCAGAAAGUGUUAGGUAGCCAUACAAAGAGAUUUAAAAGAAAAGUGGGUUAAGAAAGCAUAUGUGGGGUAAAUUGAGGGGGAAGCAAGACAUUAUUCUGAAAUUAAUUGCUUGUAAUUCAAUAUAUGUGAAAACGAAUUCUGAUUUCUGCAAUACAGUCCUCAAAAAGAACAUCCGCAGCUUCAAAGAAGAAAGGAAAGCUUAGCAAGGCUGAAAAACUGAGACUGAAGAGAGAAGAGGAGGAGAAGAGGCAGCGGGAGGAAGGUUUGUGGCUCUCUGUAUAGUGUGCUCUCUGUAUACAGGCCAGUCAGUCCCAUGUAUUCUGCUCACAGGCUGCCAGGGACUCUCUGUAUAGUGUGACUCUCUGUAUACAAGCCAGUCAGUCCCCUGUAUAUUGCUCACAGGCUGUCAGUGACUCUCUGUAUACAGGCCAGUCAGUCCCAUGUAUUCUGUUCAAAGGCUGCCAGUGACUCUCUGUAUAGUGUGACUCUCUGUAUACAGGCCAGUCAGUCCCCUGUAUAUUGCUCACAGGCUGUCAGUGACUCUCGGUAUUCAGUCCCAUGUAUUCUGCUCACAGGCUGCCAGUGACUCUCUGUAUAGUGUAACUCUCUGUAUACAAGCCAGUCAGUCCCCUGUAUAUUUCUCACAGGCUGCCAGUGACUCUCUGUAUAGUGUAACUCUCUGUAUACAAGCCAGUCAGUCCCAUGUAUUCUGCUCACAGGCUGCCAGUGACUCUCUGUAUAGUGUAACUCUCUGUAUACAAGCCAGUCAGCCCCCUGUAUAUUGCUCACAGGCUGUCAGUGACUCUCUGUAUUCAGUCCCAUGUAUUCUGCUCACAGGCUGCCAGUGACUCUCUGUAUAGUGUAACUCUCUGUAUACAAGCCAGUCAGUCCCCUGUAUAUUUCUCACAGGCUGCCAGUGACUCUCUGUAUAGUGUAACUCUCUGUAUACAAGCCAGUCAGUCCCAUGUAUUCUGCUCACAGGCUGUCAGUGACUCUCUGUAUACAAGCCAGUCAGUCCCCUGUAUAUUGCUCACAGGCUGUCAGUGACUCUCUGUAUACAGGCCAGUCAGUCCCAUGUAUUCUGCUCACAGGCUGCCAGGGACUCUGUAUAGUGUGACUCUCUGUAUACAAGCCAGUCAGUCCCCUGUAUAUUGCUCACAGGCUGUCAGUGACUCUCUGUAUUCAGUCCCAUGUAUUCUGCUCACAGGCUGCCAGUGACUCUCUGUAUAGUGUGACUCUCUGUAUACAGGCCAGUCAGUCCCAUGUAUUCUGCUCACAGGCUGUCAGUGACUCUCUGAAUACAGACCAGUCAGUCCCCUGUAUAUUGCUCACAGGCUGCCAGUGACUCUCUGUAUUCAGUCCCAUGUAUUCUGCUCACAGGCUGCCAGUGACUCUCUGUAUAGUGUGACUCUCUGUAUACAGGCCAGUCAGUCCCCUGUAUAUUGCUCACAGGCUGCCAGUGACUCUCUGUAUUCAGUCUCAUGUAUUCUGCUCACAGGCUGCCAGUGACUCUCUGUAUAGUGUAACUCUAUAUAUACAAGCCAGUCAGUCCCAUGUAUUCUGCUCACAGGCUGUCAGUGACUCUCUGAAUACAGACCAGUCAGUCCCCUGUAUAUUGCUCAGAGGCUGCCAGUGACUCUCUGUAUAGUGUGACUCUCUGUAUACAGGCCAGUCAGUCCCAUGUAUUCUGCUCACAGGCUGCCAGUGACUCUCUGUAUAGUCUAACUCUCUGUAUACAAGCCAGUCAGUCCCCUGUAUAUUUCUCACAGGCUGCCAGUGACUCUCUGUAUAGUGUAACUCUCUGUAUACAAGCCAGUCAGUCCCAUGUAUUCUGCUCACAGGCUGCCAGUGACUCUCUGUAUAGUGUAACUCUCUGUAUACAAGCCAGUCAGUCCCCUGUAUAUUGCUCACAGGCUGCCAGUGACUCUCUGUAUAGUGUGACUCUCUGUAUACAGGCCAGUCAGUCCCCUGUAUAUUGCUCACAGGCUGUCAGUGACUCUCUAUAUUCAGUCCCAUGUAUUCUGCUCACAGCCUGCCAGUGACUCUCUGUAUAGUGUAACUCUCUGUAUACAAGCCAGUCAGUCCCCUGUAUAUUGCUCACAGGCUGCCAGUGACUCUCUGUAUAGUGUAACUCUCUGUAUACAAGCCAGACAGUCCCCUGUAUAUUGCUCACAGGCUGCCAUUGACUCUCUGUAUAGUGUAACUCUCUGUAUACAAGCCAGUCAGUCCCCUGUAUAUUGCUCACAGGCUGCCAUUGACUCUCUGUAUACAAGCCAGUCAGUCCCCUGUAUAUUGCUCACAGGCUGCCAUUGACUCUCUGUAUACAAGCCAGUCAGUCCCCUGUAUAUUGCUCACAGGCUGUCAGGGUCCCUCUGUAUACAGGCCAGUCAGUCCCCUGUAUAUUGCUCACAGGCUGUCAGGGACUCUCUGUAUAGUGUGACUCUCUGUAUACAGGCCAGUCAGUCCCCUGUAUAUUGCUCACAGGCUGUCAGUGACUCUCUGUAUUCAGUCCCAUGUAUUCUGCUCACAGGCUGCCAGUGACUCUCUGUAUAGUGUAACUCUCUGUAUACAAGCCAGUCAGUCCCCUGUAUAUUUCUCACAGGCUGCCAGUGACUCUCUGUAUAGUGUAACUCUCUGUAUACAAGCCAGUCAGUCCCAUGUAUUCUGCUCACAGGCUGCCAGUGACUCUCUGUAUAGUGUAACUCUCUGUAUACAAGCCAGUCAGUCCCCUGUAUAUUGCUCACAGGCUGCCAUUGACUCUCUGUAUAGUGUGACUCUCUGUAUACAGGCCAGUCAGUCCCCUGUAUAUUGCUCACAGGCUGUCAGUGACUCUCUGUAUACAGAGGGUACGUGGACAUAAUGUGUCCCUCACCCUGAUUGUUUGCUGUGUUCCUUACUGCAAUGUGUACAUUAAGCAGACUUUGUUACAAUAAAUCUUUACAGAGGAAGCUCGAUUGCUGGCUGAACAAUUAGAGGCUGAACGACGUGAAAAAGAACGUCAAGAGAAAGAGGAGAGAGAGAGACUCGAGGCCAAGGUUAGUCUUUAGGUUUAGGCAUAUUGGCCAAGGUUAGUCUUUAGGUUUAGGCAUAUUGGCCAAGGUUAACCUUUAGAUUUAGGGAUAUUGGCCAAGGUUAGUCUUUAGGUUUAGGGAUAUUGGCCGAGCUUAGUCUUUAGGUUUUAGGGAUAUUGGCCGAGCUUAGUCUUUAGGUUUUAGGGAUAUUGGCCGAGCUUAGUCUUUAGGUUUAGGCAUAGUCUGGCCCAUGGUUAGUCUUUAGGUUUAGGCAUAUUGGCCAUGGUUAGUCUUUAGGUUUAGGCAUAUUGGCCAUGGUUAGUCUUUAGGUUUAGGCAUAUUGGCCAGGGUUCGUCUUUAGAUUUAGGGAUAUUGGCCAGGGUUCGUCUUUAGAUUUAGGGAUAUUGGCCAAGGUUAGUCUUUAGGUUUUAGGGAUAUUGGCCAUUAGUCUUUAGGUUUAGGGAUAUUGGCCAGCUUAGUCUUUAGGUUUUAGGGAUAUUGGCCGAGCUUAGUCUUUAGGUUUAGGCAUAUUGGCAUGGGUUGGCGUGGUUAGUCUUUAGGUUUAGGCAUAUUGGCCAUGGUUAGUCUUUAGGUUUAGGCAUAUUGGCCAGGGUUAAUUCUUUUUAGAUUUAGGGAUAUUGGCCAAGGUUAGUCUUUAGGUUUAGGCAUAUUGGCCAGGGUUAGUCUUUAGGUUUAGGCAUAUUGGCAUGGGUUCGUCUUUAGGUUUAGGGAUAUUGGCCAGGGUUAAUCUUUAGGUUUACCCAGGUGGACCUUGUGGGGCACUGUGAUACAAAGUUAACCGACCAAUGAAACUGGGUUAUACAUAGACACUCCCAUACAGUAUGUACUAAUCCUCCCCUCUGCCUGGUAGAUAAUUGAGGUAGAUAAUGUAAUAACAAUUAUCUCCAGGCAGGAAAAAACACAUAUUUCCAAUUUUCUAGAAGUACCACAAAAACACAUCCCUGGAUAGCUCUGAUCUGGGUGAACAACAUAUCCAAAAAUCACCCAGAUCAGAGCAAUGGUUCACAAAUUCUGUGGAAGUCACAUUUGACCGACCGCAUGCUUGAUUUCAUGCCCAAAAGAGUUCCAGAGAAUUAGGCUGUGUGGCUGGUCUAUCUUCUUAGUCAAAUAAUGUGUAAAUUGCACGAACGGAUCCUUUCGUUCCUAACUUUAUUGUAUGUAUCCCGUUCGGUAGUUUGUUUUUACUGAAUAGUGCUCUGUUCGUGCACUUUUAAGUGAACUUUGAUGGAGGUGGAAGUCCCAGCGGUGUUCGCGCCGCCAAGUUUUCCGAUUUAUAGUUCCAUGCACUCGACGACCAAACACCGCUGUCUUUGUUCGUGUCCCAAGAUGGCCGCCGCCACAUGUUCGUCUAUACGAACGACUACCACCCAGCUUUAGAACAUUCAUGUGGUUGCGGUUUGUGGAGGUGUGAACUGAGUGGCACACUCCAUAGGUGGGUGGUCUGCCGUUCGGUAGUUUGUUCGGUUGUUGUACAAAACCGUGGGAACAACUUAAGGGAAUGGAUUUUGACUAACGGCCAGGCGAAACAGGGGAAAACUUGGGUAACAAAGCCAGGGGAGUAAGUCUUGCACAGUUAGGGUUACUUUCUCACACAGGGGAGGGGAAAACAAAGGGGAUACGGACAGCCCAGAGUUGGUAUACAUAACAUAGCACGGUCCAUUCUGCUACAGUUUGUCUUUAGAUUUAGGGAUAUUGGCCAAGAUUAGUCUUUAGAUUUAGGCAUAUUGGCCAAGGUUAGUCUUUAGGUUUAGGCAUAUUGGCCAAGGUUAGUCUUUAGGUUUAGGCAUAUUGGCCAAGGUUAGUCUUUAGGUUUAGGCAUAUUGGCCAAGGUUAGUCUUUAGGUUUAGGCAUAUUGGCCAAGGUUAGUCUUUAGAUUUAGGGAUAUUGGAUCUGUAAAGUAAUACAAUGUGAGCAAGAUAUUGCUUUGUUGCAGAGGGAUUUGGAUAGAUUGGGGGACUGGGCACUCAAAUGGCAGAUGAAAUUUAAUGUUGAAAAAUGCAAAGUUAUGCACUUUGUCAUAAAGCAUGCACAAGCAACAUAUACUCUUAAUGGAAGUGAAUUCGGGAUAACAACACACGAAAGGGACUUGGGAAUUGUUAUAGACAACAAUGUGCAAUGUCAAUCAGCAGUGGCUAAGGCCAGUAAGGUAUUGUCAUGCAUGAAAAAGGGCAUUCAUUCUCGGGACGAGAAUAUCAUAUUGAAUAUGCUGUGCAAUUUUGGGAACCUGUUCUAAAGAAGGAUAUUAUGGCACUAGAAAAAGUGCAGAGGCGGGCUACAAAAUUAAUAAAAGGAAUGGAACAUAUCAGCUAUAAAGAAAGGUUAACAAAUUUAAACCUCUUUAGUUUAGAAAAACGUCGCCUGAGAGGGGAUAUGAUAACAUUAUACAAAUAUUUUCGGGGCCAAUACAAACCAUUGUGUGGAAAUCUAUUCACAAACCGGACUUUACAUAGGACACAAGGCCAUGCAUUUAGACUGAAAGAAAGAAGAUUUCGUCUAAGGCAAAGGAAAGGUUUUUUUUUUUACUGUAAGAACAGUCAGGAUGUGGAAUUCUCUGCCUGAAGAAGUAGUUUUAUCAGAGUCCAUACAGAUGUUCAAACAGCUGCUAGAUGCAUACUUGCAAAAACAGAAUAUUCAAGGAUAUAAUCUUUCAAUGUAGGGUAAUAACGGCUUGAUCCAAGGAUAAAUCUGACUGCCAUUGCCAUUCUGGGGUCAAGAAGGAAUUUUUUUCCUAGCUUGUUGCAAAAUUGUGCUUCAAACUGGUUUUUUUUUUUGCCUUCUUUUGGAUCAACAGCAAAAAACAAAUGUGAGGUAGGCUGAACUUGAUGGACGCAAGUCUCUUUUUUGCUAUGUAACUAUGUGAUGGUGGACAUAAAAUAUCCCAGCAAACAGAAAAAAAACAGAUUCCAGCAUGAGCCAAGAGAUGUGUCAUUAAAGGAACACUAUAACCACUGAGAUAAAGUGAUCUGAGUUUUCAGACUUCGGUCCCUGAAGGUGUAGACCUCACUGGAACCACAUCCUUGCUGCCUGCUACAGUGAGAGCACACCAUAUUACGGAAUUAAGGAAUUUUUAUUUCCUAGUUUGUUGCAAAAUUGGAAGUGCUUCAAAUUGGGAUAUUUUUGCCUUCUUUUGGAUCAACCGCAAAAAACAUGUGAGGAAGGCUGAACUUGAUGGACGCAAGUUCAGCUAUGUAACUAUGGACCGGGUUAGUCUUUAGGUUUAGGCAUAUUGGCCAAGGUUAGACUUUAGGUUGAGGGAUAUUGGACACUUCCAAGUCCCAUCUUAUGUCUAAGUCACCCUGUGCUUAUUAGGGGCACAGGGUGCAGAUCUGCAGAUGAAAAGUGUGUCCAGGGCUAUAAACACAGCCUCCUGGUCCAGGGUGGAAAAGGCCUUCAGUGAUCAUAGUCAAGCCUCGGCCACUGGGUCUGAAGUACAGUACAGCUAUGAGAAAGCAGACUUGACAGAGGUACUCGAUCGGAGUACUGAAGCUAUGUCACAGUUAGUCUUUAGGGUUAGAUAUAUUGGCCACUGUUAAACUUUAGGUUUAUGGAUAUUGGCCAAGGUUAAACUUCAGGUUUAGGGAUAUUGGCUAAGGUUAGUCUUUAGGUUUAGGGAUAUUGGCCAAGGUUAUUCUUUUAGGUUUAGAUAUAUUGACUGAGGUUAGACUUUAGGUUUAGAUAUUGUGACAAACUCCCCUUUCCAAGUGAGUUUGCCACAAGCUCCUGGAGGAGCCUGAUUGCCAGCCUCCUGCCCACAGACUAUGGACCCUGUAAAUAUAAUGUAAUAUAAAAUUCUCUCAGUUUGUGUAUUUGGGCUAUAUGGUUAGGGAACAGAACAGCCGUAAUAACUGGAGACCACCCUGGAGCUUGUUAAGCCUAAUUGAUACUUUAUAGAAAUUUCCACCGCAGUGUUCGUCUGGGUGGCUGCAUUUCCUAUGGACGACCAUGAGGUGGCGACCAUUUUGUUCACAUGAACACAGGCAGCGGUGUUUGGUCGUCGAGUUCAUGGAACUAUUUUCGGACACUGAAACUCCCGAACACCGCUGGACUUCCAUGAUCGCCUGUGUUCGGUUCUACAAUGCUUAGAAAGACACUGUUCGGUGGAAACAUUCCCACGAACAAGGGAAACAAGCUCCAGGGUUUUUCAACUACCGAACUAGACCGACCGCAAGCCCUGAUUCUAUGGAACUGUUUUUGGCAUGGGACCAUGUGGUCAAAUUAGGACUUCCAGGAAAUCCCUGAACCGAUCUGGGUGAUUUUUGGAUAUGUUGGUCACCCAGAUCAGGGUUAUCGGGGAUGUAACUUUUGUGGGGGUUUUGUGUGGUUUAAGGUAUUUUGGGGUUUUUGUAGAAAUUAUUUUUUUGUGCCUGUUUAAUACAGUGCUUGACUCAAUUAUGUCCCAGGCACAGGGGAGUGAUUAUCUUGUUUUGUAAGGGAGUGUCCUGGACCUAAGAGCCCAUGUAAUCGUAUGCAGGUGGGCCACCGGCACCUGGGUCUGCUGGCGGCUGCUGGGGGAGGUCCUCUGGCGGCUGCUGAGGGAGCUGUGCUGGCUCUGCUCCCCAGCGCGCAGCUUAAUGAGACCGGGGCCUGAAUAUGACGUCAUAUUCCGGCCCCGGUCUCAUUCAGCAGCGUGCGAGGGUGGGAGAGCAGAGCCAGCGCACCUCCCCCAGCGCCCGCCAGAAGACCUCCCCCAGCGCCCACCAGAAGACCUCCCCCUGGCAGGUAUUAAUAAUGUGUGUCAGUGUGAGUUUGUCUGUCUGUUAUGGCGUCUGUCUGUCCGUCAGGGUGUGUGUGUCUGUCCGUCAUAGGGUGUGUGUGUGUGUGUGUGUGUGUGGGUGUCUGUCAUGGGGUGUGUGUGGGUGUCUGUCUGUCAUGGGGUGUGUGUGGGUGUCUGUCUGUCAUGGGGUGUGUGUGGGUGUCUGUCUGUCAUGGGGUGUGUGGGUGUCUGUCAUGGGGUGUGUGUGUCUGUCUGUCUGUCAUGGGGUGUGUUUCUGUCUGUCAUGGGGUGUGUGUCUGUCUGUCAUGGGGUGUGUGUCUGUCUGUGUCAUGGUCUGUCAUGGGGUGUGUAUCUGUCAUGGUAUAUGUGUGUUUCUGUGUCUGUCAUGGUGUAUAUGUGUUUAAAAAUAGUGUUUUUGCUCACCUUUUUUUUCCCCCCCACGCAGCGUGCUGGUCUCCCCUCGACAAGCUUGAUGAUCUCAGUCAAUCCAAUGCUUUGCCAUAGGAUUGGCGGCAAAACGCCACUCCAGUUAGCAUCUCCUCAUAGAGAUGCAUUGAAUCAAUGUAUCUCUAUGGGGAACGUUCAGCACCUACAGAGUGUGGAGGCCCUGAAUGUAGGUGCACUAACACAGGAAGCACCUCUGGUGACGGUCUGAGUGACUGUCACUAGCAGUGUCACUUUGAAGCAAUGUAAACACUGCCUUUUCUCUGAAAAGUCAGUGUUUACAUUGAAAAGCCUGUAGCGACAUGCUAUAGACACCAGUACCACUACAUUAAGCUGUGUGUGCGUCUGCUAGUGAGUGAGCUUGCUUGCAUGCGUGUGCCUGCUAGUGAGUGAGCUUGUGUUUUUAUGUCAAUGAGCUGAUGUAUAUCAGUAAGAUUGUAUUUCUAUGAGGCUGUGUAUCAAUGAGCUUGUGUGUGUCAUUGAAAUGUCAGUGAAAUUGCCUGUGUCUGCACGUGAGUAUGCUUACUGCAUAAUUAAACGUUUUACCCUGAAAGGACCAAUAUUUUAUAUUAGAAAAAGCUGUAUGUGUAUGUGCAGACAAGGAUCACAAAAUAUAUAUAUUGUGAUCCUUGUCUGCAGGUAGCACGGUCCUCUUGGGCCCAAACAUGCACAGUCUUUUAAGGCAACUUAUUUCCAGUCACUUUAUUGUUAAACUCCACAAAGACAGCAGCACAUGAAAAACAAAAAUGUAACAAAAUCCUAUAAACAAAAACCUAGCUCGGUCUGAGUACUAACUAACAUCAAGUUCCCUCUCUCUCAAGGGUUUAAUCUAUAACAAAAAAAGUGGUUUCACCAACCUAGCGUCUUUUUCAGCUCUCAGCACUCCAGUGUUUUUGGCAGCCUACUGCUUCCCUUUCUACACUCCCAGUGCUCCAAGCCAGCCUUGACUGCUUCCCUUUUGCACUCCCAGUGCUCCAAGCCAGCUUUGACUGCUUCCCUUUUGCACUCCCAGUGCUCCAAGCCAGCCUUGACUGCUUCCCUUCUGCACUCCCAGUGCUCGGUCUCCUUGACUCUCUUACUGGAGAGAACAGCCUCACUCCUACCUGCUUCCAGGGAGGAAGCCAGCAAUCCCUCUUCACCUGGCUAGCAGGGAGGGGUUUAUUCCCACUGCUUCAGCUGAUUAUCUGCAGCUGAGCAGUGGGUUGGAGACAGCUCCAAAAAAAACUCUGGCCUGGACAUUAUUUCCCCCAGUUGUGUAUAAACUGAGGAGUGGAGCAUUGGCUCACCCUGCUCUCCAAAUGCUCCAGCCCAUAACUAAACGGUGGAUUGUGUUGCCUAAAACACAUACUCCCCCUGGGGUUAAAUGUUAUAGGCCUAUCUGCCUUCACUUUAUCACAUAUCCUCCCCCCCAGCUCAGACCCAUCGGGGCGAGCGGCCUUCAAACACAAACCAUGAACAUACAUAUCACCUAGGGAUGUACCAGCCCUGACUAGCUUCUCAGUUACCGGAAGUAGAUGGCUGCUACCUCGCUCCCUCGCUAUUUUAGAUGGCUGCUACCUCGCUCCCUUGUAGUUUAAGGAGCCCCCACCCAAUAGGAUAACCCACAUAGUUAGCCUCCUCUAAUCCUAGAUAACACUUAGUGUUAGCGGUCAAACCGGCAGCUGCAUACUCUCUGUGGGGCCAAAGUAUCUUAUUCGUCAUAUGCAGAAAGGGUGCCGUUGCACCAUGCAACCUGAAUGGCAGUACUUUAUGUUGCCACAACCCCUCGGGAGUAGAAAACACUGUCCUUCCCUUUGCUUUCUCUGUAAGGGGAACCUGCCAAUACCCUAUGACCAGGUCCAAGGUACUCAGAUACCUGGCCUUACUUAUCCGCUCUUGCGUUUGAGCUACAUGUACUAUAGGGCAUUUAAUAUUUGCAACCUCUGUAACAAACUCUACCUCUGCCGUGGGGUGUGUGCGGGUGUCACCAUUUGUACACACAAUAUUAAUCAUUUGUCUUGUAUCACAUUUCUCUGGCUGGAGGAGAACACUUUUCAUCAAAGUAACAUCACUUCCUGAAUUGAUUAGUGCUUGUACACAAUUCCCUUCCACCAUCACCACUUUUAACUGUGCUGUAACACCACCACUAGUCACCACACACAUCUUUAAGUAAGUCAAUACAAUCCUAUGCAGAGCCCUUAUUCGUAUGUCACACUGUAUUGGUGUCACAUAUUCAUCCGCUUAUAGAAAUGUGGUUAAUGACAUUUACUGUCCACACAGGAAAAGUUGUGCCGAGCAGCAACCUAAUCCACAGAAGGGUUAAUGCUGAGCAGCAAUUAUGCAAAUGAAACCUGGUAACUGACUUUGGGGUCAAAGGCCGGUUACAGCCUAUCAGAACUAAAGGAGGGGUAUUUAGGCCCAGUUCUCAGCCUGCUCAGUGCCCUGUCGUGGUUUCCCUUGUGGUUGUCUGAGAGCGCGUUCCUGUUUAUAGUUUUCUACCAGGUUUUUGACUUUGGCUUUGUUUAUUGACUUCUCUAUAUUCUGGUAUCCUGACUCCUGGCUUUCCUCAUCGCUGUGUCCCUUUCUGUGUUCCCUGACCAUGGCUAGUAUUUUUGACUAUUCUUUGUACGUUAAAUCCGGCCAUUCUAAGGACCGGUAAUAUAUGUUACUUAUUUGUCAUCCGUGCUGUACAGUUCUACGUGCUGGAUCAAACAGUAAUCCUGACAAUUGGCUCUUCACUCUCAGGACAGUUAUAUGUAACAUGUCCUUGCAUGUGGCCGUUGAAGCAUCUUAGUUUCUCAGUCUGGUCUCGUAGCUGUAAUGGGACUUUUGGGUACGUUCUACCAUCAUAGUUAUAUUGUCCCAGACUCAGUAUCAGGUUUUGUCCUUUCUUUCCAGUUUCCCCGCUUAUUUGGUUGCUAGCAGAUCUAGACUGAGGCUCAAUACUGUGUGGCUCCUUAGCAGCCAAGUUCCUCUCAGUCAUCAUCCGCUUCCACAUCCACAGCAGCUUCUGGUUUGAUAAUCUUUCAAUGUCCGAGUUACUUCCCAAUGCAAACUUUACAAAGGCUUUGCGUAUCAUUUAUACGUAUAUCACUUAUGAUUCCUUCAUCAGCUGAAUGCUAUAACCAAAGCCAUAAUUACCCCAACAAGAAUACUAUAUCCAGAGUUAUAACUAAAGCCAUAAUUACCCCAACAAGAAUGCUAUAUCCAGAGUUAUAACCAAAGCUAUAAUUACCCCAACAAGAAUGCUAUAUCCAGAGUUAUAACCAAAGCUAUAAUUACCCCAACAAGAAUGCUAUAUCCAGAGUUAUAACCAAAGCCAUAAUUACCCCAACAAGAAUAUGUCAGGAUUACUGUUUGAUCCAGCACGUAGAACUGUACAGCACGGAUGACAAAUAAGUAACGUAUUACCGGUCCUUAGAAUGGCCGGAUUUAACGUACAAAGAAUAGUCAAAAAUACUAGCCGAGGUCAGGGAACACAGAAAGGGACACAGCGAUGAGGAAAGCCAGGAGUCAGGAUACCAGAAUAUAGAGAAGUCAAUAAACAAAGCCAAAGUCAAAAACCAGGUAGAAAACUAUAAACAGGAACGCGCUCUCAGACAACCACAAGGGAAACCACGACAGGGCACUGAGCAGGCUGAGAACUGGGCCUAAAUACCCCUCCUUUAGUUCUGAUAGGCUGUAACCGGCCUUUGACCCCAAAGUCAGUUACCAGGUUUCAUUUGCAUAAUUGCUGCUCAGCAUUAACCCUUCUGUGGAUUAGGUUGCUGCUCGGCACAACUUUUCCUGUGUGGACAGUAAAUGUCAUUAACCACAUUUCUAUAAGCGGAUGAAUAUGUGACAGAAUACUAUAUCCAGAGUUAUAACCAAAGCCAUAAUUACCCCAACAAGACUACUAUAUCCAGAGCUAUAACCAAAGCCAUAAUUACCCCAACAAGAAUACUAUAUCCAAAGCUAUAAUUACCCCAACAAGAAUGCUAUAUCCAGAGUUCUAACCAAAGCUAUAAUUACCCCAACAAGAAUACUAUAUCCGGAGCUAUAACCAAAGCUAUAAUUACCCCAACAAGAAUACUAUAUCCGGAGCUAUAACCAAAGCUAUAAUUACCCCAACAAGAAUACUAUAUCCAGAGUUAUAACCAAAGCUAUAAUUACCCCAACAAGAAUGCUAUAUCCAGAGUUAUAACCAAAGCCAUAAUUACCCCAACAAGAAUGCUAUAUCCAGAGCUAUAACCAAAGCCAUAAUUACCCCAACAAGAAUGCUUUAUCCAGAGCUAUAACCAAAGCCAUAAUUACCCCAACAAGAAUGCUAUAUCCAGAGCUAUAACCAAAGCUAUAAUUACCCCAACAAGAAUGCUAUAUCCAGAGCUAUAACCAAAGCUAUAAUUACCCCAACAAGAAUACUAUAUCCGGAGCUAUAACCAAAGCUAUAAUUACCCCAACAAGAAUACUAUAUCCAGAGCUAUAACCAAAGCCAUAAUUACCCCAACAAGAAUACUAUAUCCAGAGCUAUAACUACCCCCAAUAUCAUAACUACAUCCAGAACCACAACAGACAUGUUUGCUGCAGUGUUGGCUUUAAUAAAAUAUAUUUCAUGACAGCAACUGGAACACCGCCAUGAAGAAUUGGAAGAACAUAGGGCGCUGCUCAACAUCAAACUGGAAGAAGCGACAAGGUGGAAGAACAAGCUUCAGAUUCAAGCAAAGGUGCAACUUCUCGUUCCAUAACACGUUAAAUUGUAUUUAAUAUAUAUAUUGGAAACACUGCAUUUUCUAUUCUGUUUAUCCCUAUCCCUGUAUAUUUAUAUCCAAUUUGUGUUAUCAGUGGGACAGAUACAUGCGUUGUGACGGAAGUCCUGAUCCAACCAUUCCUAAAGAAAUAAACACUUUUAUAAGCUUGUGGGCUAAGGAACAAAGCCAGGAUUUCCAGACCGUGCUGAAUAAAAGCAACCUAGUACUGGAGGUAAGUAUCAACGUGGGAAGGGAGAACGUCAAACAUAAAUGCUGAGUACACCUGUUAGCGCUAUAUAAAUAAAAUAUACAUACACUGUAUACCUACUGCACUUACUGUACCUCCCUCUACUGUAAUGUAACCUGUAAAGUGCUGAGUACACCUGUUAGCGCUAUAUAAAUACAAUAUACAUACACUGUAUACCUACUGCACUUACUGUACCUCCCUGUACUGUAAUGUAACCUGUAAAGUGCCGAGUACACCUGUUAGCGCAAUAUAAAUAAAGUAUACAUACAUUGUACUUACUGUACCUCCCUCUACUGUAAAGUACUGAGUACACCUAUUAGUGCUAUAUAAAUAAAAUAUACAUACACUGUAUACUUACUGUACCUCCCUCUACUGUAAUGUAACCUGUAAAGUGCUGAGUACACCUGUUAGUGCUAUAUAAAUAUAAUAUACAUACACUGUAUACUUACUGUACCUCCCUCUACUGUAAAGGGCUGAAUACACCUGUUAGCGCUAUAUAAAUAAACUAUACAUACACUGUAUACCUACUGCACUUACUGUACCUCCCUCUACUGUAAUGUAACCUGUAAAGUGCUGAGUACACCUGUUAGUGCUAUAUAAAUAUAAUAUACAUACACUGUAUACCUACUGCACUUACUGUACCUCCCUCUACUGUAAUGUAACCUGUAAAGUACUAAGUACACCUGUUAGCGCUAUAUAAAUAUGUAUUUUAUUUCUUUUUUGCCAAUAUCUGCAGCUGAUUAGAGAGCUCGAGUUCCUUCUUCUAGACGCUCCUUCUGAUACUAUCACAGAGAUCGACGUAUUGCGAUAUCAGCAAACCAUCCGAGAGCUGCAGGAACUUCUUUAUCAGAAAUUCAACAAUGCCACCGAGCGUCUGUUAAAGGUAAGUGUGCACCAUCCUUCUAUACACAGGUCAUUCCAUGUGUUCUACAAAAUAUAGGAUCCACAAGGGCCAGCUCAGAUUAUUCUUACAGCUCCUUGUAUUAUUUUAGGAUAUUGUUUUAUUACCGCUUAUUUCAUUAUUAUUGCGUAGUGUAUGAUUACAAAUUAAAGAUUUUGUGGAGCCUAAAUCCAUCAGAGUGUUUUAAUGUUGACGUUUUAAAGUAGUCUUUUCUUUAUUUUUUGAUUGUGUUGGGAUACCAGUAAAAUUCUAUUACAGUUAUAAUAAAGAUUUAAUCUCAAAACCGACACUGCUGCUUUAAGUCUAAUGAAAAGGACGUGGUUUGAAACUCUAGGUUGAUGCUAAAUAUGCAUCAAUGCGUCAUUUUCACUAGUUUUUACCUUUUGCCAUCACGUUGUUAAAGUACACACAGGUAAUCCAAGUAUUGUCUAAUGUUUGCAGCUUUCCUUAAAAUGCUCCUUUAUCCCCCGCAGAACGCCACCGUUUUGUCAGACAUCGAUACCGGAAACAUGCAGAAAGUCAUCAAAAAUGAAAAUGUUACCCUGUGUAUAUGGGCCAAUCUCAACAAGAACCCAAGGUGGAGUACAAAUGGUUUAUUAUCUGUAGUUACCGACACCGGCCCACUAUCUGUAGUUACCGACACCGGCCCACUAUCUGUAGUUACCGACACCGGCCCACUUGCUGUAGUUACCGACACCGGCCCACUAUCUGUAGUUACCGACUCCGGCCCACUAGCUGUAGUUACCGAUACCAGUUGAUUUUCUGUGUUCUCUCUUUCUUUGUCCUAACGUGUUACGUUCUCGUAUCUUAUUGUAGAUUUAAAGGAUAUCGAUUCGAGAAAGAAGCCAUUGGAUUUGAUUUACCGAAAUCUCUAGCUGUGUGUAGUAUAGCCGUACGAAUCCUCCAUACACUCUAUGACCACCUCUCAUGCCAAAGUCCCACUUUCCAUCCAUGGAUGAAAGAAACAGAGGUGGUCUUGGCUCCCACAGAUGAAUUGGAGAAUGUUUUGGGUGACUCUAUGCAAAUUAUGGAGGAACAUAAACCGUCGGGGAGUGUUAUUACAGCUAAUGAAGAGACAAAGUCUGAGGGGAGAAAGGUAGGACUUUUUUUUAGUCAUUUUCUAGUAUAGCUUAGAUAAACACUUUGUAAGGAUACAUUAAUGGGUCUGUGUCCUGGACCCUUGCUAGAUCACUGUAUUUUCCUAAUAUUCCUAAUAGUAAUCAUUCUGCUUCCCUCUCUGCAGCACUGCUACCCAUGUGCUAUUUAUCAUUAUAGUUUACCCCUGAAAAGGAAUCUAAUAAUGUCCCAAAAUUUCUCCUCUGCACCUCAGAGUGUCCUGAGCACGGUAUCCUUCAAAGAAGAACCCAAACCAGUGAACGAAUCGCUAGACAAGACAGAACUGGAGACCGAACAAAGGGCCAACAGCCAGCUGGGGACAACGACUGAAGGUUUGACUUUAGAAUACCUUUAAUUAACAUUGCUGUAGAAUUUGUUUCCCUUCUGGCUGCAGAUCGAACAUUUUAUAGAAAUGGACAUAUUUUACCAAGAGUGUAUAAAUCUCCCCUCCUUGUGAUAGCAAGGCCAUGGAGACUGAUCUGAUCUGCAGAAUGGCACGUCAUAAUCCACCCAAUAAAUAACAGGUGCAUCAAACCGUCUCACUGAAAAAAAGAAGGGGCAGGUCUGACUCUGCUCCGAGGAGGCUACUGGGAAGGGGCUAUAUUGAGCAGCUCCCAUAGAUAACAGCAGAUUCUGGCUAGUUAUAUGUUGGAGAGCGUUAUCCCUUCUUCAGUAUUUGCUGUGUUUAGAGCAUAUUUGUACAGGAUGCACGUGUUCUAUAAUAGCCCAUCUCCUGUGAUCAUAUUUGAGAAAGAACACAAGCCAUAUAUACUCUAUGUAUAGCCUUGUUCAGUAAACUGCAGUGGAAGCUCGUCCAUAGGGGAAAAGUUAAAAUAAUUGGUAUUUGUGUGUAACUGUGUCAGUAUCCUCUUUGUAUUACUGUGUGUGUCAGUGACUUUUUUUUGUAUUACUGUGUGUGUCUUUGUCCUAUGUGUAUCAGUGUUCUUUUUGUAUUACCGUGUGUGUGUGUGAGUGGCCUCCUGUGUAUUACCGUGUGUGUGUGAGUGACCUCCUGUGUAUUACCGUGUGUGUGUGGCCUCCUGUGUAUUACCGUGUGUGUGUGUGAGUGGUCUCCUGUGUAUUACCGUGUGUGUGUGAGUGACCUCUUGUGUAUUACCGUGUGUGUGUGUGAGUGACCUCUUGUGUAUUACCGUGUGUGUGUGUGUGAGUGGCCUCCUGUGUAUUACCGUGUGUGUGUGUGUGUGUGAGCAGCCUCCUGUGUAUUACCGUGUGUGUGUGUGUGAGUGGCCUCCUGUGUAUUACCGUGUGUGUGUGAGUGGCCUCUUGUGUAUUACCGUGUGUGUGUGAGUGGCCUCUUGUGUAUUACCGUGUGUGUGUGAGUGGCCUCUUGUGUGUGUGAGUGGCCUCCUGUGUAUUACCGUGAGUGUCAGUGGCCUCUGUGUGUAAAGCCUUGAACCUUGUCAAGCUAAUAUUUUAUUACAUUUUUAAGCUAUUCUUAUUUAAGUUAUAAAAUUUUCUCCAGAGAAGAAUCUCCUCAUGAUAAUUUUUUUUAACAAAAAAUCUGAAUGCAGAGCUAUCUGGUUCAAUAUGUAUAGAUAUCUUUUUUUCAAAAAAUUAAUAUGAAUACCGCACUCAAUAUAGUAAAAUAAUCAAACGAUAGUGAAAGGUAAUAUAAUUUAAUUUAUUAUACUCUAAUUCUUAAAUUCAUAGGUAUAUAGCUUUAUGUAAGAGAUUAUAAUUAAUCAAAAGGAUAUAUUACAUCAUAUAUUCAAUAGCUAUUUACAGAAUGACCUCCAUGGGUAUUGUAUAAAUUCAUAAUAAGUAUAUAUACCCAGCUAAUAAUAUUCUAAUUUAAUGGUCUAAGGAAAACAUAUCCAGAUGGAUAAUAGUCGGAUCUGUUGUAAUCUAUGUACAUAGAAAAAAGAAGAAAAAAUAUAAAGAAAAAAUAAUAAAUGAAAAAUUCAAAAAAAUGAAAAAAUGAAGAAAAUCAAAAAGAAAAUAUAUGUCCUUAUGUACAAUAUUCCAAAAAAUAGUGCACUAAAGUAAUAAAUAGGUGGAUCUCACCCACUGAAGUAUCCAAAUGGAUUGUAGCCUUAGAUGCAACUGGAGAAUUUGUGGAAAAGCUGUAAUGGAUGAAAAGGUGACUAUAUAUCAAUCGGUGAGCUUUGAAACUCGCUGAAUUCCUGAUGUAAUGCAGGCUGUAAUGCAGACUCGGCUGGGGUGUCAAUGCUGUCCUCAUAUAUGCCCCUGAAGACUGUCAAUUAUAUUCCUCAAAUCGGAGAUAGCCUCAGUAUAUGGGCUGCGCGCUCGGGACAUCCACGUCCCUUCGAAGGCCCCUGCAAUCUGUUUAAAACAGAAAUAAAAACAAUUUAUAUAUGCUGUUCUCGGCGGCAAAUUCCCGCCGCGUCCAACUUGUAGUCCUCCUCCACUUCCGGGUUUCGACGGCUGCGUGCAUACUUACGUCAUCAAUUUCAAAUAUAAUUUCAAUAACUUUAUUGUCCAUAUGUAACACGCGAACAGCAUAAGAUAAACUAGAAUGAGCUGUAUUGGUAGAACCAACCUAUUUAAAUGGUCAGAAUACAAUAAGAAAUGCGCAAUAGAGAAGACCCAGAAAAAAAAAAAAAAGAUAAUAACCAAAAUAAAUUUAUGCUUAUUAUAUAACUGUGGCAGCUAAAAAAAGGGGAUGGAAAUGGUUAACCAAGAAAUCAAUGGUCAAUAAACCAAGUAGAGAGUAGCACCACCUAGAGGAUAAAGAGGUAAUGAGUCCUAAUGUUAAAUAUAUUAUAAGUUUUCAAUUAUAAAUUUGUGUAUCCUCAAAAAACUACACAGAAUACUAGUUAUUAAUAGUCACAUGAUAUACUGACUCCUAACUGUUGAUCAAGGGAUAAAAAGAACCAAAAAAUAUAUAAAUAUAAAAAAAAGAAAAAUAUAUAAAAAAUUCCAGAAAAAUUUUGCAGCUAAGUAAAUUCAUUGAAAAAAAUCAUCAUUGAAAAUAAAUAAAUAAAUAUAAUAUAAUAUAUAUACAUACAUACAUGUGACUCACCGGUCAUGCAAUAACUCUUAGUGAUCUCGGGCUUUGCAAGUGAGGGACCCUGUAGUAUGGACAGGUAGCGGACCCAGAUGGGUCGAUCUGACAGCGAUCCAGAGCGACGGACCAAUAUUGGUCUAGAGAGGAAACUGUAAGGAGCGCAAAGGGUAUAAAGAAAAUCAACGUGAGCCAGUGAUAUAGAAAGUGAACCAAUUCCCCAAAAAUGUUUCAAGUCAUAAUCCUCAUUGAGACCUAAUGGUGACAAAGUUUCCAGGGUACUAAUCCACUUAGUUUCCCUUUGGAGUAAAAGUUUCUGUCUGUCUCUGCCUCUGCGCAAUGGUGGAAUUCUGUCUAUAACUUGGAACCUUAAUUGGUUCACAUUAUGGCCACGUGUUUUGAAAUGUCUUGGUACCGGUGCUUCAACUGCAUCAUGCUGUAAUGCUGCCCUAAUGCUCCUUUUGUGUUCCCCUAUCCGUUCUUUGACCGGCCGAAAAGUCUCCCACACAUACAGGAAACCACAAGGGCACUUGAGUAUAUACACAACAAAAUCUGAGUUACAUGUGUAGAAGUCCUUCACAAAAAACUUUUUGCCCGACUGGGGGUGAACAAAAUAUUCCCCCUUGAUCACACUGCUGCAAUGUGAGCAAUUAAGGCAAGGAAAAGUGCCUUUCUUUGGUUCUGAAAAAAAUCUAAUUUGUUUUUUAGAACUACCUAUGUCUGAUUUGACCAAAAGGUCUCUCAAAUUCGGAGCCCUCUGGUAUGAGAAUAAUGGAGGAUGCUGAAAUAUCGACGGUAGUUGAGGAUCCCCCUCAAAUAACCGCCAAUGUUUGAGAAUUACUUGUCGAAUAUCCCUAUUCAAUGGGGUAUACGGUGUUACAAAUGUUAACCUCUCUAAGUUCCAAUCUGUUCCUGAACCUGCCAGGGUUUCUUGUCGGGUCAGUUUUUCAAUUUUUUUGUCGUUGGCUCUCUACUAUAUGUACGGGAUAACCCCUCUCUCUAAAUUUGUUGGCCAUAAAAUCAAGUCCAGAUACAACUUUCUCCUCUUGCGAUACUAUUCUUCUCACUCUUAGUAAUUGACUAAAAGGUAGACCAUUUUUUAAAUGCAUGGGGUGAAAACUGGCAUAUGUCAAUAAAUUGUUACAAUCUGUUGGUUUUAUGUAUAAAUCACUAUGUAAAGAGUUGUCCACCCUCUGUACCAGAACAUCUAGAAAGGGAACCGAAUUCAUAUCGCAAUACAUAGUAAAUUUAAUAUUGGGGUCUUGUAUGUUUAAGGCCUCAUAGAAGUCUUGUAGUUGGGCCCUCGUGCCGCUCCAACAUAUGAAAACAUCAUCUAUAUAUCUUUUCCAAACUAAACAUUUCGAGAAUAGACAAUGUUGAUAGAUGCACGUCUCUUCCAAACGGUUCAUAUAGAUGUUUGCAUAUGUUGGAGCGACAUUGGAGCCCAUAGCAGUUCCUUUAAUCUGUUUAUAAUAUUUAUCCCUAAAAAGGAAAUAGUUCUCCGUUAAUAUGAAGGUGAGUAACUCCCUGAUGUACCUUCUAGUAUCACUCUGUUGGAUAAGAUUGGGAUCCUUAUCCAAUGUCCAAUCAACUGCCUCUAAUCCUCUAUUGUGGUCUAUGGACGUGUACAAUGAUUGUACAUCCAUAGUCACUAACCAGAAUUCACCUGGCGGGAUCUGUACAUCUACUAAUAGUUUAAGAAAGGUAGUAGUGUCUUUAAGAUAUGAUUUUUGGGACGGAACAUAUUUGAUCAAGAACUUGUUUAAUAUCUCUGCCGGAUGUUGAAAUAUGGAACCAGUCCCACUAACUAUAGGUCUACCUGGAGGGAAGAGCGGAUUCUUAUGGAUUUUUGGGAGAGUGUAGAAAACUGGAAUCCUAGGAUAUUUAAGAUUCAUGUAUCUAUAUACUCCAUCUGAAAUAAUACCUCUCGAUAGUGCCCAUUGAUUGAGCCUAUCUAAUGUAUGUUUAAGAUUGUGCGUAGGAUCCUGAUUAAUAGCCAGGUAAUUAGUGUUGUCCCUUAGUUGUGUCUCAAUCUCUCCCAUGUAAUAAAUACGAUCCAUAAUCACCAAUGCUCCUCCCUUAUCUGCUGGUUUAAUAAUAAUAGAUGUGUCUUUUUUAAAAUUGUUAAUAUUUGCCCAAUCUUGUUUAGUGAAAUUAACAGUCUGUUGUCUGUGUAUAUGUGUAUGUUGGUGUUUCCUCCUCAGUUUGUAUACAUCCUUUUUCACAAGAUUGGUGAAUAAGUCAAUUGAUGCAUUAACAUUAUGUGGUGUAAAGGUACUUUUAGGUUUCAAACCUGUCUCAAGCGAUAGAACCCCAUCAGGAUCGUUCUGUGAAGUGUUAUGUCCCACCAUGUUUUCUUCCACUUGUUGGAUCCCCUGUAUGUGUUGAGUACUUCUAUUGCUAGAGAGAGUUGUGUGUUCUGUGGAAAAAAAUGCACGUAAUUUAAGUUGUCUGAAGAAUUAAUAUAAACUCACAUCAUAUUGGUGCCAUUCUAUAUUUGGUGUAGGAAUAAAGGAUAAUCCCUUAUUCAAAGUUACCUCUUCUGUGGGUGUUAAAGGCCUACCUGAAAUAUUAUGUAUCAGAGAUUGCGUCUGGACUGGGUCGGUCGGCCUUUCCUUUUCUCCCGUGUGCCUCUUGUUGUAACCCCCCUCCUGAUGUUUCUUCGAAUCGUGUGCCUCUCUCUAAAAAAGUCAUUCCUGAUGAUGAGGAGGCAGAGGAAGAAGAUGUAACUCCUUCUGUAUCCGAACGCCAUUUCUGUGAAUUUAUAUCUCUAUUAGGUCUAUAUGAUCGAUUGUCUGUCCUUGUAUACCACGAGUAUACUUGAUCUCUCUGAUAAUCCAAUUCGUCUCUAUGAAAUUUUCUCUUUUUAAACUCUUCUGUUUCUCUCUGGUAUUCCUUCAAUUUAUCUUCUAUCUGUUUUUUAAGAGUUUCUAAGUCUGUUGAGGCUGUUACUGCUGCCAAUUCCUGUUCAACUGUUGCUAUCUCCUUAAUUAGCUUAACUAGCUCUUUUUGUAAGGAUUCAAUGGUUAAUACCAUAAGGUCUACUGAGCAUUUAGUUAGGAUCUUAUACCACACAGUGUGGUGUUCUAUGUUAUCCCUGCAUAGUGUAGGAUGUAGUCUAACCCUUAGUCCCCUUGGGAUUCUUUUUUGUCUUAAAUACUCGCCAAGUGUACUAAUAUGUAAUUCCCAACUUACUUUUUUCUUUAGAUCUCUCUCAAGUUUCUGUGCUAUCCCCCGUUCGUUAUCACUAGUUAGGAACUCUCUGGCCCCUCUGAGGGCUGACGUAAUGCGAUUAAUAUCACCCUCUGUAUAGGCAAAAGUUGCCAUAAAUAAUAAUGUAUAUAGCUAGAAGAUAUAAAUAUAAACAAACUGUAUACUUUAAUAAUAUAUCUUUUUUUCUACUAUUAAAUAAAUUUUUUCAUUUUGCUAUUAAAAUUUAUUUUUUUAAAGUAAUCCUUUGGCAGCAUCUAGUGGUUAAACUUUGUAUUACACUUAUGCUGCUUUGAGGCUAAACUCAAAGUAUAUAUUUUACUCAUUAAUUGGAAAGUGUCUAUGGUUUAUUCCCUAUAUAUGGCAUUGUCCACAUAUUUGGAGGUAGAAGAGCCAUAUAGACUUCUUCCUAUUCUCGAUUAACAAUAUAUAGGAAAAGGAUUUUGUGACGGAACGCUGGCACUCCGACUGAGUACCUCCGCCAAUCGAUGCUCCUAGUGCUCGCUGAGGACUCCAAGCACUCCAACCGACACCAUCAGCACUGCAGACCCCACUUCCAGCGAUGUAACUGCGCCGGGGUCUCUGCUGUUUCCACCCACCCUGGACCCAAGGCCAGGAUCCAGCUUCCAGUGGGUGAACCUCUCUUUCCCCAGAGAGCAGGAACAGGAACAAAUCAAGCUAUUGCAAGAGCUUCCUCUGGGGAGUAAGUGAUUAUAGCAAUCCCCAGAGUGUAGGUAUCCCUUCCCCCAAACAUGAGCCAAGGCUUAAUGCUGGAACAAGACUGAUUUACUGGCACACAGAACUCACAAUUUAUGCAACACAAAACUCCUCCUCUGGGCCAGGCUAGAUAAUUGAGUUUCUACAAUACACAAAGCUCAAUUAUCUGCUGGCCAGAAACAUUACAAUUUUUACAGCAUUCAUAACUUCUAAAAUAUACAUCCCAGGGGCCAUAGUCACAGGGCAAGAGGCGGGCAAGCAGUCCUCUCCAGGCACAAGUGGCGAAGGGCACUUCGUCACAGAUUUCAAUACAUGUGUAUGCUGUCUGGGGACCCACCAACUUGAGAAGUCACCAGCCACUACUGGCAAACGGUGUACAGAGCUGUAAGUAAAGUUGAAAGCAGCAGCUGUGGUUUGAUAAACAGAAAUGCUGACAAGUGCUAAACUACGUAUCCCAAUAACCCCAGCACGAGACACAACAUUGAGUAGAAUUAGGUCUGAAUCCAUAUUUUCUUUUUAAAGGUACAUACUUGUAAUUUAUUUUAUUUUUCUUGCUGUAUAACACAUUAUGAAUGAGAAACACGUACACCCAGUCAUUUAAGUUUAACAAAUUCUAUCCGUUUGACAUUUUCUGAAAGAAGCCCACACAAAAUCACAACAAGCUCUUACAUUUUAGCAAUGAGAGGAGAGUGGGGCGUUUGGCCAUAGCGCCCCUCAGUCACCUUAAUGAUAGAACACCCUAACACAUCCAUGUACGUACCUAAAUCAGCAGUGACCUAUAACUGUGAGCAAUCAUUACCAGACUACCUCACUCAUAGAAUAACCAGAACUAUAGCCUUCUGGAUUACUGGUGCCUCCAACCGACCUCCUCUCCCACAUUCGGUCUCACCCAGGACCGACCUCCUCUCCCACAUUCGGUCUCACCCAGACCAAUGUCCAUUCACCCGGUCUCCGAUAUGUUUGGGCAAAGUCUAAAAGCAGGAAUUAGUCCAGCCUCACCUACGAUUAUUAAUUGGAUACCCUAUGAAUUGGGAAGUAUCAUAAUGCCCAGAUAAUUUGGACAUUUAUCAAUUAUUUGUUUGUAGGGGGAAAUUUUAGCAUUAUCAUGUAUUCCCUUGUAACAGAAUACCCUCUGUGUAACAUGGCCUGUGGCGUUACCAACCGGGGGUGGUGGGGGAGGGAGGCAAAACGUAAGUGUGUGUGUGUGUAUAUGUAUGUGUAUAUAUGUAUGUAUGUAUAUAUAUAUAUAAUUAUAUCUCUAUCUCUUGGCACUCUCCUUACCGGUGUUGUAAAUAUAUCUGCCUGGGUUAUAUAUAUAUAUAUAUAUAUAUAUAUAUAUAUAUAUUUUCUCCACUCCAACAUGGUGAAGCAUUAUACCUUUAUAACAAAAGUAUCUGGAACCAUCUCAAUAUCAAGUAGCCAACACCCUAUUGAUGAUUAGUACGAUACAUUCGCUAUCUGAUAGUGUAUGCGUAGCCUAUCCAUGUUCUAGGUAUAUAAUGUGUCGAAGAAUCAUAUAUUGGAACUACGUACCCGUGUGAUCUAUGUAUGGAGGUUCCUCCUGUUGAGUAAGAAUGUCAAUCAUGGCUGCCAAAUAGCCUGAUAGCAUAUGUGUUUAUGUAGUAUGGAAGAGAUUAAUUCCUCAAUUACUCCACCUUUUGAAUACAUUCUCUGAUGGAGGGCUCUUCACGUUUUUUCCAGAACAGCAGUAUUAGUAAAUUGGCUGCCGUCAGCGGGUGCAUUAUUAACCUAUGUGUGGGUUUAUGGCGUAUUGCCGCGAUAAGGCCAAAUAUGAUCACCUCGGGGUGUAAGGAGAUUGGGAUAAGCGUGAUGGUAUGUAUGAGCUUGGUAAGUUUAGCCCAGUAAGGUUGUAUGAUAGGGCAAGUCCACCAAAUGUGAGCUAGUGUGCCUCGAGGUUGCUGGCAUCUCCAGCACUGGUCUGGUCUAUGAAUGUGUGAGGAAGAGUAGUGCCAUCUCGCUAUUUGUUUGAAGUUGCCUUCCUGUAUGUUGGUGCUAAUAGAGAACAUGUGGAGUCAUCUGAAUGUGUCCGACCAUUCUUGUUGGGACAUGUCUAUAUUGAGGUCUUUUGACCACGCUCUAGUAUAUAAUGGUGGGUUACCUGCACUGUCUUGGUGUAUCAGUGCUCCAAAGGUGCUUUUUGGAGAGUUUUUGGUGUGUGCAGUGGUUCUCAAAUGUCGACUGUAUUUGAGUGGUGGUUAGCAGGUCUGGCAUAGAGUUAAGAAAGUGGAGAAUUUGGUGGUAUCUAAACGUUUGUAAGGAAGAGGGUGUGUCUGUGUGUGUUGCCAGAUCUAGUAUUAUGUCCUAAAGACCCCUGAAAAUACGGCUCAUGUCACCAAUCAUCCAGUUCUAUGGCUUAGCAUCAAAACAGCCUCAGAAAAUAAAUGUCCCUGCUACAAGCAGCUAAGGCCCCCUGCUGGAGUGCUGGCCAUAUCCCCCCUAGCAGCCCCUUGGCCAGUGUUUAAUUACAAUGUGGUCUCUCACAGGUCAUUCGCCCCCUUCUUUACUGAACGACAAGCAGAACGACUUACUGGAAGAUGAUGUGGUGGAUCUGCGCCAAUAUACAACCUUAGGUGGCGUUUACUACUUUGAUGUAAUUGCUCUUCCACCUCAGUAUAAACAAGUGAACGGCUGGACCAUGGUGCAGGUACUUCUCAUUACGGAGGGGAAUUCAGCUUUAGCACUUAUUAUUGGGACGUUGAAAAGCCAUAUUUGGUGUGGGGAUGGUUUACAGUAUGACGACACCUGCAAGCUUGCCAGCAUUUAGCCAGCGGCUCCAGAUUUACAAUAAAAUUACCAGGAAUUUUAGCCAAAAAGCUUGUCUUUUGAUUGUAGCAAUUUGAAAUCAAAAUGGCAAAAUUUAGACAAAAAUAGCUGAUCUGGAAAAAAUGUCCAGCUGAUCCUGUAUCACUGUAUAUUGUAGCUUUUGUAUUUUAAUUCACCUCAACUGGUUUGUAGUUAUUAACACUGCAGCCAAUGUGGUAAAUUUCUGUCCUGCUGCUGCUGGAGCGUACCUCGCAGGCUGACAAAUCCUGCAAGUUUUAGGAGUAAGGUACCUCCCCCUACGCUGAAAUAAUGUUCAGUAAGGGGUGCUAGGAAAUUCUCAGCUCUCAAUCACUUGGUGACAAAACUUUUGCAUCAUUGCAGAUUCUAGAAGGAGGUCUUCAAAUGUACCCCUACCCGCAGGAUCUAUCCCUUCUUAACCUCACCGGUAUGUCACAGCAGGAGAAGGAAUUGGAGAAUGCUGCUCCCCCUGUUGCAGUGUCCUUUCGAGUACCUAAAAAUGUUUUCUUUUUUGAAGAACCUCAAGUAGCGAGAUGGGACCCUGAAGGUGAUACCCGUUUUGAUAAAUUCCACCUUUUUUCUUUUUCCUUUUAUUUACAUUUAACCUUUCGAUUAGGUUUGUGUUCUCCUAUUUCUGUUAAAAUGUACAGCGUGAAACAUUCUGCUUUCCAAACCAGGACAAUGCACACCACCAACAGAAAAUAAUUUGGUCUUCAUUUUGUAGAUAAAACUUGGCGAAUGGACUCAAUCACCCAGAAGAUAUAUAACCUGGAGCUCCGGGACUUGUCCUUUAAGAUGGAUUCAUUUCACACUUUCACCUUGAUCCAAGAUUCGCACCUGAACAUGCCGUACGAGUCGUGGGAGCUGAGCCCUGGCGGCAAGAACCAAGUCAUGCUGGUCAUCGUCUCUGCGUUCACAGAAAUCCAGCUGGAAAUUAAGGUGAAGUGCACUAAUGAGCUACGCACAGAAUGGACAACUUGCAUUUCUUAUUACAGGGCGUACAAGGCCAGAAUGAGCCAAGCGCACUUUUUGGAGAGAGAGAGUUUAAAAAAAUAAAAUAUAUAUAUUUUAUUAUUAUUAUUAUUAUUAUGAUAUUUAUAGAGCGCCGUCAAAUUCCGCAGCGCUUUACAAUGGGUGGACGAACAGACAUGUAGUUGUAACCAGACAAGUUGGACACACAGGAACAGAGGGGUUGAGGGCCCUGCUCAAUGAACUUACAUGCUAGAGGGAGCGGGGUAAAAUGACACAAAAGUUAAGGAUAGUAUUAGACUAGUGACAGUUGCAGAAGAGGAAUCAGUCAGGAGCUAUUAACAGUUUAAUUAAUACGCUUUUAUAAAGAAGUGGGUUUUAAUGAUUUUUUGAAGGAGUGGAGACUGGGUGAGCAUCCAACGGAGGAGGGAAGCAAGUUCCACAGGAACGGUGCAGCCCUCGAGAAAUCUUGAAGGCGAGCAUCAGAGGUGGGAGUACAGACAGAAGAUAGACGUAAGAUAUAUAUAAUCUCCAGUAGAAAAGCCAGCACUCGAGGACUUGUAAAAAAAAAUUAAAAAUAAAUUGUAAAUUUAAUCCAAAGAUAAAAAUGAUUUAUAAUCAAAUGGGUCAACGUUUCAGUUCAGACAUUAGAACUUUCUUCAGGACAUAAUUUCUACCAGGGUUAUAUUUUGUGCAGCUGAGCACUGGGCCAAGGACACAGGCAAGGAGGAGUGCAAAACCCAUGGAAUAGUAUAUUUAUUUAUUUAUUUAACACUCCUAAACCCUUCCCCAUGUUACUAAACUAAACACACGCCCACGUUUUAUUAAAAAGACAUUAGCAGUUAUGGUAAUCAGGUAACACAAAAUGCAGGCCGCUCCUAUGUUAUUUGUUUUGAUACCAUUGUUUGCCGGUGUUUAUUUUUCUGUCUUUAAUUAUUGUUAACAGAUACAGACACUAAAAUUCAUAAAUUCAGCUGCGAUUGCCAUGUAUCAAUUUUGUCCAGCUUGCUUCCUCGAGGGUAAAUUUCUAUAAUUGGGACCAGUUCCUAAACAUAAAAUAAUUCAUAUUGACACACAGGCUAAGGCCUUCAUUAAUAGAUCACAUUAUGUUCGGUCCAUAAAGGUGUAAAGCAAACCUUGUGUGUAUAGUAGAGGGACAUUUAGAUGCGUAAUUAUAUUUAAAGCGUACAUUAUACUCUGCAAUCGCUUUCAUUUUAGAGUGAUAAAUUAGUUUAUUUUCCCACCCUGUAGCAGAAGUAGCUUUUCAAACAACACUUUGUGUUCUUGGUAGUGAUAACUCAUCCCUCCAUGUUUCCAUGGUCUGUAGAUUGCAACCCAUUUAGUCAAAUCCAAAUCAGAGCAUGGCAGAGGCGUCGAUGUUUUGAAGAACUGUCUGUUUAAUCUGCAAUUAGUUUUUAGCAGCAGCCCGAUGUAAUGAUAUUAAGUUGAUAAGUUUUACAUUGUGACUGCACACAGGAUGACCAGUGUAGGUUGACGUCGCUGUCCAGCGUAGACGGAGAUUUGACGCAUAUUGUGGGGAAAUGGAUGUCUCCGGCAGCUCUAAAAUCCACCAUGAGAGGCGCAGGACUAAACAUCUUCCCAGAAGAGGACUCUGCAAAAUAUGUCAUUGUCAACAAAAAGGUUUGACAGAAGUCAUUUCCUGUAUACUUUCAGUGCCCGGUAAUUGACACGGCAGAUUCUCUGUGCAGUUGUUACUUUCUAAUUGCUCUCUAGUCUUUACUAAAGUUCUUCUGAAAGAUGCUGUUGGUUGUCAACAGUUGUAACAUCCCAACAGCUAUAAGUGGAGCUUACGUGUCAAGCCACCAAUCUCAACAUGUGCUCCUUAGGCAAAGUUAGCUGCAUAUAUUACUAGCCCCCCAUGCUUGCAUUCUUAGGCUUGAUAUUGGAGGUGCUGUGAAGGAGCGCAAGCAGGGUGUAAAAUCAGAGCAUAUUAAACAUGAAUGCACAUUAAAUGCAUCUUGAAAACAAACCCCAUAAUUUUGGUUUAAUUUUUUGCCAGAAUGAAAAAGCUGAAAAAAUGGCGUAUGAAGAAAUGGCUCUUCUGUCUGCUUCAUUCGCCUUUGGAUGGAGCAAGUGGAAUCACAGCUGUGGGCCAGAGCAGAUUGUUCUCAAGGUAUUCUAUUCACUAUAUACCAUGAUUAGACCAACCAGGCAGCUUGGUAUGCCAUCAAUUUCAGGUGUUCUGUCAACCGGCACCACCAUUCUAACCCAGCCUGACUGAAUGCACAGCCUCUUCCAUAGUCAGCUUCCAGUACAGAGCGUCCCCCCUCCAGUAACAGCCAGCUUCCGGUACAGAGCGCCCCCCUCCAGUAACAGCCAGCUUCCGGUACAGAGCGUCCCCCCUCCAGUAACAGCCAGCUUCCGGUACAGAGCGUCCCCCCUCCAGUAACAGCCAGCUUCCGGUACAGAGCAUCCCGCCUCCAGUAACAGCCAGCUUCCGGUACAGAGCGUCCCCCUGUGGCGAACAGAACCUCGCCAUGGGCUCCUGCAGGAGCCUGCUUGCCAGCCUUCUGCCUAUGGGCCCUGCAAUAUACCUUGCCCAAUCCACUUUAAAAGGUCUUGUUAAUGUGAUUUAUGUACUUUUGUACUCCAGACAGAGAGACCGACCGUUAGCCCUGAUUCCCUGGAACUGUUUUGGGCAAAGGAAUCCUGUGCAUGGUCUGUCAAAAUUAUGACUUUAAUGGAAAUCCCGAACCAAUCUGGGUGAUUUGUGGAUAUGUUGGUCCCCCCGAUCGUAGCUAUUAGGGGAUGUGACUUUUGUGGGGUUUCCAUGUAUUUUGGGGGUACUUUUGUGAUGUUGUUAAAAUGUAUGUUUUCUGUGCCAGGAAAUAAUGGAGUUUAGUACAGUUCUGUGAAAAACUGAGCCUCGUCACGUGUUCUUUGAGUCGCAUGCUGACUACGGGCCCUUUAAAAAUAACUAUGUGAACAGACUUGGUUCGUGGGAUUUUAUAUUUGGUUCGGGAAACGAACAGCCGCAUGAACCGGAGAGCACGUUAAGCCUAAUUGCUACUUUGUAGCAAUUUCCAUCGCAGUGUUAGUCUGGGUGGCCGUAUUUCCUAUCGACUACCACGAGGUGGCAGCCAUCUUGUCCCGUGAACGCAGGCAGCAGUGUUAAGGCAUGAAUCUCAUGAAACUCCCGAACACCGCUGGACUUCCAGCAUCACCUGCGUUCUGUUCUACAACACCUAGAAAGGCGCUGUUUGGUGGAAGCAUUCCCACGAACAAGGGGAUCAAACUCCAAGGUAAAACUAUUGACGCUGUUCGGUAGUUUGUUCAUUUUUUAGAACUACCGAACUGGACUGACCGCAAGCCCUGAUUCUCUGGAACUAUUUUGGGCAUGGGACCAUGCGGGCGGUCGGUCAAAUUAUGACUUUCAGGAAAUUCCUGAACCUCUGAACCGAUAUGGGUGAUUUUUGGAUAUGUUGGUCACCCAGAUCAGGGCUCGCUGGACUAGGAGAGGUCUACCUACUGGAAGCUGGAUCCUGGUCUUGAGUCCAGGGUGGGUGGAGUACAGCGAGACCCCAAACCAUUUUCAGCAGCGGUUUGUGAGGUUUACGGUGGCUAUGGUGUUCCAGUGCAGCGAUUGACAGGGGUACCCGGUCAGGGUGCGAGGUGGUCAAUCACGAGUUCCUUACUCAAUUAUUGCUCAGGCACAGGGGGUCGAAUAACCUUUUUUGUGCGGGAGUGUCCUGGACCUGAGAGCCAAUGUAAUUAUGGGCAUGUUUUACGGUAGUCUCCUGGAAUAUGUAAUGGAAACCUCUUGCAUGGGGAGUUGCAUAUGUGGCUCCCAUUAAACCAGUUCCUCUUCACCCUCAACAUAGAGCCUUGUCUCAUGUGUGGAGGGAGCAGCUAUAUUCACACUGGGGAUUACUAUACUCAUUAUACUCCCUUGGAUUCUAAUCACUAGCUCUUGUAAGCAAUCCUGCUUUAUUCUCUGGAUUGGGAGAAGUCUACCCACUGGAAGCUGGAUUCUAGUCUUGGGUUCAGGGUGGGUGGAGGACAGCAAGACCCCAACCAAGCUGUAAAGCUGGUUGCGGUGUUUAUGGUGUCUGGGGGAGUGCUUGGAGUACUCGUGAGCACUAGGAAGUAUCGAUUGGCAGAGGCACCCACUUGGGGUGCCAGGCGGUCCUCUACACCCUCUUCCCCAACAGCCAGCUUCCGGUACAGAGCGUCCCCCUUCCAGUAACAGCAAUAUAGAGUAAUAUUAGUAGUAUUAUUGUGUCUCAUCAAUAGACUACAAUCUUAAGGUUUGUAUUCCAAUAUUGGUGAAUGGGUAAGGCUGUGGCUGAGUGACAGGCAACAGCAGGUUGUAGUCAAUGGAGUAUUUUUAAAGCAAGGUCUAGUUACCAUUUGGUGUACCUCAAGGGAUCUGUACUUAAAGCGGCAUUGUCACGCCGAACAUACCUUUUUUUUUUUAAUCGAUUCCUCUUCUCUCCCUCUUAGGAUCUGUUCUUCAUUUCUUUCUGUCUGCUCUAGUUUUCUUUAAAACAUAAGACAAAGUAGGGACUAUUUGUCUUAUGGAGGUUUCCUACACCUGACCAUCUCUGAGCAGCGGAGGAGCAAAGUGUGCUUCAAUUCCGGUGGUCAGAGCAAUUUUCCCACAAUUCUCACCUUUCCUCAGUGUUCCCACGAAGCUUCCUUUUACUUUUCCCGUACGUCCUGUCAUUUAGACAGAACGCCGGCAAUACUACCGAAUUGCGUCCUAACAGAAUGAGAACUGUUUCUCCAUUCGUGUUAGGGCGCAAUUCGGGACUUUGUGAAAAGUGAAAGGAGGCUUUGCGGGAACACUGAGGAAAGUUGAGAAUUAUGGGAAUUGAAGCACACUUUGCUCCUCCGCUGGUCAGAGAUGUUCAGGUGUAGGAAACCCCCAUAAGACAAAUAGUCCCUACUUUGUCUUAUGUUUUAAAGUAAACUAGAGCAGACAGGAAGAAAUGAAGAACCGAUCCUGAGAGAAGAGGAAGCGAUUAAAGAAAGUGCCGCUUUAAUAUUUUUACUAGGGAUAUUGCAGAAGGCCGUGAUGAUAAGAUGCAUCUUGGAUGUAAAAACCCAAGGGCAGAGUAUAGAAUAUUUGAUACCCAGUGGCAGAACUACCGCGGUCGCGGUAGUUCCGCCGGGGCCACACGUUAAGGGGCCCAUGCUGUUAGGACCACCCAAUGGAAAUGAAUAUCCAGGAAGCCUGGUCAGCACGACCGGGCCCCCUGUGAUGAUGUCAGAUGCUGGGAGGAAGUGACUGCCCCGUCACUCCACCCAGCAUACACAGAGCCUGCGCAGGAGGAGGAGAGGAGGGAGUCAGAGUGGGAACUUUGACUCCUAUCAGGCUGAGCCACCACUGGACCCCAGGGAAGUCUCCCUCCUGCACCUAAAAGGUACGAAACAGGAGGGUAACUUAUACAGACACACACACAAAAUGUUUGUGUGUAGGCGAGGGCAACGUGUGGGAGGGGGAGGGGCAGGGAGAGCCCAGGGCAAUUUUUGCACCAGGGCCCUGUGGUUCCAAGUUAUGCUUCUGUAGGUGCCCUACUAACCUCAACAUCUGAGGAAAGGGCUUUAGGGGUAAUUACACUGAACAAACUUAUAAACGCAACACUUUAUUUUGCCCCCAUUUUUUCAUGAGCUGAACUCAAAGAUCUAACACUUUUUCUAUGUACACAAAAGGCCUAAUUCUCUUAAAUAUUGUUCACAAAUUUGUCUUAACCCCUUAAGGACUGGACUGUUUUUGCGAUGUUGUACAUUUGCGACCAGGCCUCUUUUUACACUUUUGUGGUGUUUGUGUUUAGCUGUAAUUUUCCGCUCUCUCAUUUACUGUUUCCAUACAAAUUAUAUAUUGGUUUUUUUCAGGACAAAAGGGGCUUUCUUUACAUACCAUUAUUUAUAUAAUCUCAUGUAAUUUAAUUUAAAAAAAAAUGAAAAAAUAUGAUGAAAAAUUGAAAAAAAUACAUGUUUUUUGACUUUUACUUGAAAAAUCUCUCAUCUACAAAAGCGAAUGAAAAAAACUGCUAAAUAGAUUCAAAAUUUUGUCCUGAGUUUAAAAAUACCCAGUGUUUACCUGCUUUUUUUUUUGCAUGUUAUAGGGCUAUAGGUACUAGUAGGAUAUUGCGGUUUCAAAACAUACAUUUUUUUAAAUGUAUCAAUAGUGAUAUUGUAACACUAUUAUCGGUCAUAAAUCUCUGAAUAACACCCCACAUGUAUAUAUUUUUUUAAAGUAGAUAACCCAGGGUAUUCAUCUAUAUAGGUAUGCUUGGCCUAUCUUCAGUUUGCAUCCCCCAGUUAAUGUUAACAUCAUGAAAGUUUAUAUUUUUAUAAAGUAGACAUUCCAGGGUAUUGUAUAUGGGGUGUUUUCACAUCCUUCCCCCAACCAUUGUGCUAAACAAAUUUCAGAGAACGUGCCUGGUGGUAAUUUUUGAAUUCUGCUUUUUAUGCACACGUCAUCUGGUUUUGGCCAGCCAGUUAUAUGUUACUACCAUAAAACGUUUUUUAACCAAAUGUGCAGGUAUCAAAUGCACCAUUAGCAGCAUUCUCUAAACUAACUCCUGCAAAAAGAAUCUAACUGAAGAUUUGGGGGAAGGAAACUGACUAACUAAAAUUUGCUGCUUUCAAAAGAAAAAAAAAAAAACAGUGCAAAGGGGUGUCUGUCCUUUUCUCUUUUUUAUAACAGACCUGGCAACGUUUCAGGGGAUUUGUUUUUUUUGCAGUUGGCGGUAUCUAAAAUAAAAUGUCUGGACUCCUCUGGUACCAUUGUUGGAACUUGACCAUCUCCAUAAAUUAUUGUGGAAAUCUGCUUGAACUGAAAUUGGAGAAAGGUGGUUCUUUCUGGAUUCAUUUUUUUAAAGAGUAAAAAUGAAUUAUAAAAAGGUGGCUAUCUACCUGAUGCAAGUAGCAACACAUACCAGGCUUUUGUCUUUCUUAAGAUAAGAUAUGGCUGCAUCAGCUGAUCAGCCAAAUCAACACCCCCCCCCCAUGUGCAUUUUAUAAGCUCUGAUGCAAACAGGUUUGGUCUGUACUCUGCCUAGGACAGGGACGUCUGACAUGCUUUCGUCAUGGAUGGUGGUUAGUAUAUUAACAUCCUUCCUGUCCUUAAAUUUUAUUGCAAGCACUUUAGCUUUGUGCAGACCUUUACAUUCACUUUUUUUUUUAAUUUGGCCUCUAUAAAAGGUAUGUGGAAAUCCUUGGCAUUUCUUCUCACACUGCCACAGGCCAGUAUCUAGAAACCCUAAAGAGUUUGAAACAAAAACGGACAAUGCUAGAAAAAUUGUCCACAUAAAGGUGGUAACCUUUAUUGAACAAGUGGAUCAGUAGGUCCCAAACAAGUUUCCCGCUUGUCCCCAGAGAGUCAGGACAGUUCAGUUGAGCAUCUUUCCCCUCAUAUACACCAAAGGCAAAUGUGUAGCCACUUUCGCUCUCGCACAGUUUGUACACUUUAAUGCCAUAUCUAGACCGUUUGAGGGGAUGUAUUGUUUGAACCCUAAACUCCCUUUAUGUUUCAUAUGGGAUUCAUCAAUAGAUAAAUUUUGUUGGGUAGUAUAAACUUCAGAAAAUCUGUUCUGAAGAUGGUCUACCAGUGAGCAUAUUUUAUGAUGAUGGGGGUGAUCUCUGGGGUGACAGAGGGUAUUGUCGUUGAAAUGUAAGUAUCUCAGCAGCAGCUCAUAUCUUGGUCUAGGCAUUGUUUGGGAGUAUAUAGGAGUCGAACAAAUUGGGUUGGUGCUCCAGUAAGAAUUUUUUAAGUUCAGGGACAUCUGUGGGAUGCCAAGCAUGCUCCCUGACUAUAUAGCUACCUGGAUUGGUCUCAAUAAAUUGGCUAGCGUAUAAAUUAGUCUGGGAAACCAUCUCCUCCCAGAUGGUAUCCCCUAAAAAUAACUCCAUAUAUUGUAUAGGGGAGAAGUCAAGCACAUUCACAUUAAUGCCUGCGUUGGCACUAAAAGGGGGGAUGUUGGGCUCAGCUGACUGGAGGUACCCAGUCCUCCUCCACAUUCGGCGUAGCAGGGGAAGCACAGCUUCUUUUAGCAGCUGGCUCACACACAGAUGACGUCACUAGACGUGCCGCUAAACCUGGGUCAAAAUCGGACGCAGUGUCAGUGGCGUCAGAGUCUGACGCCAAGAAGGCAUAUGCCUCCUCCAAGCUGUACAUGCGCUGCAUGUUUCACACUAACAGACUAAACUAACAAAAUACUAAACAAUUUUUUUUUUUUGUGUGUGUGUGUGUGUAUAUAUAUAUUAUAUAUAUUAAUCUAUUUAUUUUACAAUAAAACAGCAAUCCCUAAACUAACUCCUGUUAGAAGAAUCUAAUGGAGAUUUGGGGGAAUGAAACUGACAGAUUAAGACAGACUAAGACACAGAUUUUUUUAAAAUAAAGUUAACCGUUAAGGGCAAAAAAAAAAAAAAUACAGACAGUACAAAUGCACUGUCUGUAACAGAUCUGGCAGGGAAGGGGUUAAAAAUGGGAUUUUUAUUCACUGCUGCUACUUUUCAAUACUCUCUGGAACACCUGCUGCAACAAACUAUCACAAUCUCUCUCUCUCCCCUCACAAAACGUUACAGAGGGGAGAGAGGCAGAGAUCAGUGUCAGUUUGUAACACCCACUUUGACACCAGCCAAUUGUGAGCGAUCGCGGAUAGCUCACAUGACGCAAUUGGCUGUUACUAUCUGCCCGGCAUCCCAGGCAGAUAGUAACAACGGGAUUUCGGCGGAAGUGAUCUCCGAUCGCUCCCUUUGCCCGUUUUCGGUUAGGACGGUUCAGGACCGUCCUCGGUCGGCAACGAAAAAAUGACGAGGACGGUCCUGAACGGAUUAAUCUGGGUUAUUGAGCACUUCUCCUUUGCUGAGAUAAUCCAUCCACCUCACAGGUGUGGCAUAUCAAGAUGCUGAUUAGACAGCAUGAUUGCACAGGUGUGGCAAAUCAAGAUUCUGAUUAGACAGCGUGAUUAUUGCACAGGUGUGGAUUAGAUUCGACAGCAUGAUUAUUGCACAGGUGUGGCAUACCAAGAUGCUAAUUAUACAGCGUGAUUAUUGCACAGGUGUGGCAUAUCAAGAUGCUGAUUAGACAGCGUGAUUAUUGCACAGGUGUGGAUUAGAUUAGACAGCGUGAUUAUUGCACAGGUGUGGCAUAUCAAGAUUCUGAUUAGACAGCGUGAUUAUUGCACAGGUAUGCCUUAGGCUGGCCACAAAAAAAGGCCACUCUACGAACAGAUUUGUAAACAAUAUUUGAGAGAAAUAGGCCUUUUCUGUCCAUAGAAAGUGUUAGUUCUUUGUGUUCAGCUCAUGCAAAAUGGGGGCAAAAACAAGUGUUGUGUUUAUAAUUUUGUUCAGUGUAUUUCUGAUGACUUAAAGGUAGGCAGACAAUGUAAUAGAGCAGCAGGAAAUGCUAGCAGAAUGCUUGGUUGUAUAGGGAGAGGUAUUCACAGUAGAAAGAGGGAAGUGCUCAUGCCAUUGUACAGAACACUGGUGAGACCUCACUUGGAGUAUUGUACACAGUACUGGAGACCGUAUCUUCAGAAGGAUAUUGAUACCUUAGAGAGGGUUCAGAGAAGGGCUACUAAACUGGUUCAUGGAUUGCGGGAUAAAACUUACCAGGAAAGGUUAAAGGAUCUUAACAGGUAUAGCUUGGAGGAAAGACGAGACAGGGGGGAUAUGAUAGAAACAUUUAAAUAUAUAAAGGGAAUCAACACAGUAAAGGAGGAGACUAUAUUUAAAAGAAGAAAAACUACCACAACAAGAGGACAUAGUCUUAAAUUAGAGGGACAAAGGUUUAAAAAUAAUAUCAGGAAGUAUUACUUUACUGAGAGGGUAGUGGAUGCAUGGAAUAGCCUUCCAGCUGAAGUGGUAGAGGUUAACACAGUAAAGGAGUUUAAGCAUGCGUGGGAUAGGCAUAAGGCUAUCCUAACUAUAAGGUAAGGCCAGGGACUAAUGAUUAUCUUAUCUGCUGUCACCUAUGUUUCUAUGUCCACAAUUUCUUUAUUUUUUAAUUCAAAAUUUAACAAUUUCAACUGAUACAGUGAAUAUAGUAAGGGAAAGCAGUAUGGUUGUAAAGUUAAAAAAAAAAAACAAAAAAAAAAAAAACACGUAUAUUUUAUUCAAAAUCUACACAGCAAGAGUCUGUUCCAAACCAGCAACUCAAAUAGCAUGCGUAACAAAAUGAAGCUCUAACAUGGUGCACGAAAUUAGGAGAGCCACGUGACUCGCUGCAUUAUAUAUUCCGUUAUUUAAAUAUUGCUAGUUUAUGGUUUCUUCUGACCUUUGUAAUCCUGAACUGGCAAGUUAGAUCAAUGUUCAAUAUUUCUGGUAUCCUGAUCUUUGUUAGUUUUACAUUUAUGCUCUCUAAUACGUUAAACCCAGUCAUUCUGAGGUCCGUAAUACGUCCCGAUUCAUGUUCCUGACCAAUACCUGUAAGUUGAGUGGUGUAGCCAUAACAAUCCGCAAUCUAGCGGCUAAAAUCAAAUGACCCCACAGAACAUUAAAAUCCAUCGUGGAGGUAGGAAUCCAAUAUGGAGGUGGUUGGUUGCUUGGAAUGUCAGGUCAUUGCUGGGAACCUAUGUAACACAUUAUUAUUGCCAUUUAUAGCUAACAGAUUCCAUAGUGCGUUACAAUAUUAUGAGAGGGGGGAUUUAACUAUAAAUAGGACAAUUACAAGAACGAUAGGUUGAAGAGGACCCUGCUCAAACAAGUUUACAGUCUAUAGGGGGUGGGGUAUAAAACACAAUAGUGCAGGAAAUUGCAGUUUAACAAGGUAGGAGUGAAGCAGAUCUGGAGGAGAGAGUAGAGUGCUGCCCUUUAGGAGAGAGAAAGAGACAGGAAUGUGAGGUAGAGGUUAGUCUGGGAGGACAUAGGCUUUUCUAAAGAAAUGGGUUUUAAGGCACUACUUAAACGAUUGAAGACUAGGGGAACACAUGAACUUGAGGCAGCCCCACCAAAUGGCUAUUGUAACCUAGGACAAACAGGUGGGUCAGUUGAAGAAAUAGCUCUGUCCAGGUUCAUGGAAGCGAGGCACAAGAAAGCAAGUCAUUUCUAUUUGGCUCUUGGACGUUAGAGGCUCGUGUGCCUUUUAGCACCGCGUUCCAUGCAGCAGGUUCUGAAUGGAGGCAUCCACAGCUGUCCUUCAAUACGGGGUUAGAUCUAGUUUUAGACUGCGAUUGGUAGGAAAUCUGGUUGAAGUCAUCUAUCUAUUCUGGAAUAAGAUUUAAAGAUUCCUAUUCUAUAAUUUUACAGUUUAUUUCUGUUUCAGGUUAAAGAAUUGUCCCAGCCCCCAACUUCUAGCGAUGAGAGCUGGUCUCUUUAUAUGUUGAAUUCUCAGAGGACGCAAAGACUGAAAAUCUCUGAAUCCAGCGAGACCUUUUCAGACGAGUUAUUUGAACACAGUGAACUUCACUCCACGCUGUAUCACAUGAUCAAAGAUUACGCCAGCGCGGGGGCAGUGGAAGCUCUUCAGCACUCCCACCAUCUUUUUGUGGACUGUGUUUACCAGUUGUUAAGCAUGACCAAAGUAUUAACAUACUCUUAACAAUGACAACACAUUUAACAACUUUAUUAUUAAACACUCAAAUACAAUAAAUAUUCACACGAAUCACAUUCAGUCACAACAAAGCCAUUAAGUGCACUAAAGGCCCAAACACAUCACCCUCCGUGGGACAGCGAUUAAAAAUUAUUAAAUCAAAGAGCAUUAAAAAAAAAAGCAAUUAGUUCUUUGCCCUAUCUUCUAUUUCUGUAAACAAGUCAGAGCCAAAAUGUUAUAUUUUACCCUGGUACAGCAGGCUUUUUAUAAACUAGGCACUCAGAAAAGUGAGCAUUAAAAUGGUUUGUCUUUCCUAUGACUUGUGAUCAUUCCAAUAAAAUAUAUUUACGUUACAAGCAUGUUUUAUAGUAACACUUUAAAUGCCUGCAGAGGGUGCAAAUCUCAUUGCAAAGCAAUGGCGUUAAAUCCUCGGUGGCACUUCGAAGGGUUAAAAGAGCUGCUGUAUCCUGUCCCACAUCCCCUCAUACCGGGGGCUGGCCAUUGUGGCGAAGGCCAGUAUAAGGCCAAAAAAGCUGCUGGAUUGAAGUCCAUGAAUCUCCAGUGCCAACCGGUGCCCCAUCAACUGGUUGCUGGAAGGAGAGCCCGGUGAGAAAGCUUACCAUCACAGCAAGCAAGAGGGCAGCCAGAAGUGAAAUCACCAUCGGUUUGUUGAUAUUAGAGACAGAGUUUUUCAAAGUUGAAACCCACAGUUUCGCCUGGGUGAAACUACAAAACCAAAUAAGACUGAUUAGAACC